CUCUCGUCUUCAUGCGGAAGACGCGUCAGUCAGAGAAACCGAAGGAUGAGCCGCUUUCUUGUCUUCCUAACAGUAUUGUCGAUCUCAACGAUUUUCACCUCAGGUAUGUAAAUCCCAUUUGUCUUAGUACAGUCUUUUUACGUCUGAAACUUCAUAAAUUUAGACUACGUCUGUUGUUUUCCGCAAUGCUCAUAAUUCGACUCUCGAACCUGUUGGGUCAAAUACCCGAAUUGUUGUUACCUUCAUAAUUGCCUAACCUUUCAUUAUCUCGCCUUGGAAGGCACAAAUACACCUCAAAUAAUGUUUCCUUCCGCUUGAGUAUGAGUAUAAGCAGAUUAAAAAACGGACCCCUAAAUCAAAUGAAGUAACCAUUUUGUUUCAAACUUACGCGGCGUGUAAUAUAAUUCAAAUCUACGCCGGAAUGCUCAAGUUCUGUUGACUUAUGUUUCCCUGUUUAAUAAAGUUUUAAGCUAGGGGUUGGUUGUUGAAUGGCUUGGCGCGCCGUGCUUCACGGCGAGCUAACAUGGAGAAACAUUAAAGGAGUGCGAGCCACAUCGAUUGGUUCUGGAUUAAAAUCUCUGAAAAAUGAGGCUUUCUCUUUAUGAAACACCACUUUCCUAUAUAGAUUGUCUCAGGCAUGGAUAGACUUUAAUAUUUGUCUCAUGUUUGCGCGCUACAAAUCAAAAGUUUAACGAAGAUACAUAUUCCCAACGCUUCUAUGUCUGACUACACUGACGUAGCUAUCAAACAACUGAACAUUCAAUAUCACACUUUUAUCACAGUACAUUCGCGAUAUUUAUACCUACCUUUCUUGGUAGUUUUAAUGUCGAUUUACUGAUUUAUUUAUGUUUUGAAGUGUAAAAGCUUAAAGUAUGGAAUAUGCAAUAUUUUAGUUUCCUUACAACAGUUACAAUGAUCUGCUUAAAAUAAAAAUUUCACUUUGCAACGGACGUGACAUUUGCAUAUCGAAACCAUGCUGCUUUUCUUUCUUAAAAAUUUGAUUAACAAUCGAAACGAAAUAGUUUUUUGGUCAAAUUUAUUGCAUUUAUUUUCGCUUAUUUCCAGUUUAUUAUUAUUAUUAUUAUUAUUAUUAUUAUUAUUAUUAUUAUUAUUAUUAUUAUUAUUAUUAUUAUUAUUAUUAUCUCUAUUAUCACAGUCUUUGCUGGUGUUCUUUUUGCGCAUCAGCCGGGCGCAAACCAUGCACCUAGAGCGUCAGUCACUCAAGUCAAUCAUUCUGUUCAUACACUGAGCACCUUUCUAAGGAUUCGUGCAGAUCCCAGCAUGCAGAUCUUUUGAAUCUCUGUCAUACUAGCUCUCUCUGAUACUUUCUUGAUGUUUUCUACCAUACCCUUCUUCACUGUACCAAGCGCACCAACAACCACAGGGAUCACUACGGUUUUCAUAUGCCACAUUCUCUGUAUUUCUAGUUCUAGGUCUUUGUACUUGCAUUUUUUUUCAGUUUCCUUCAGUGCGAUGUUUCUAUCUGAUGGAACAGUCAUAUCAAUAAGUUUGCAGGUGGAAUUCACUGAAUCUUUAACGAUGAUAUCUGGUCUGUUCGCUGUUAUAGUUCUAUCAGUAUUGACUGGCAUGUCCCACAUGAUGGUGAUGUUGUUAUCUUUAUUGUGUAUCACGGUCUCUGGUUCGUGUUCGUACCAUUUGUCUGCAAUCUCUAUAUCAUGAUCUUUACAUAUGCUCCAAUGGAGAUAUGCUGCAGCAUUAUUGUGCCUGGAGAUGUACUCUGUUUUGGCUAAUACCUCACAUCCAGAUACAAUAUGGUCCACUGUCUCUUCAUGUUGCGAACACAAUCUGCAUUUGCUCUCCACUUGCUGGCCACAUAUUAUUUUCUGGUAGUUUCUGGUGUUUAUUGCCUGGUCUUGAGCUGCAACAAGUAGUCCCUCUGUUUCUCCUUUCAAAUUACUUGACAACCAUUUGUUGGUAGUGACUGUGUCUACAUGAGGUUUCUCUAGGAUCUUUGGAUACUGGCCAUGCAAUGCUUUGUUUUUCCACUUUUCUUCUUUCAUUGACUUCAUCCUGGACUUAAACACGUGUUUCAGGGCUUUAGCAUUUUCAGAGGCAGAUUUAUCUACUCUGUUCUCAAUCUCUGGCAUUGUUACUUCCCUUUUGAAUUUAGUAGCAUUCUUGGAUAUUGAAUUUUUGGCUUUAGAUCUUUCAUGUUCAAGCACCUGCUUUGGAUAUUGCCCUUCCUUGUGCUUCAGAUAGUGAUCAAGCCCUAUUGUUGCAGUUUUGAAUGCUGUUUCUACAUCAAUCAGGCCCCUACCUCCAUCUUUUCUUGGGAUGUACAGCCUUUCCACAUCUGCUUUAGGAUGUAACAUCUUGUGCAUGUUCAAUAGUUUGCGUGUUUUUGUGUCAAUCUUCUUCAGUUCUGAGAUUUUCCAGUCAAUGAUGCCAAAGCUAUAUUGCACAACUGGGACUGCAAGACUAUUGAUAGCUUCUAUUUUGUUUCUUCCAUUGAGCUCAGUUCUUAGGAUUAAUCUUACUCUCCUAUUUUAUUUUAUUAUUAUUAUUAUUAUUAUUAUUAUUAUUAUUAUUAUUAUUAUUAUUAUUAUUAUUAUUACUAUCACAAGUGAUACCGGUAAAAGUAAAUUAUAAUUAUUUUACUCUAUAUAAAGUUUCACGUUUAAAUCUUUGUAAAAUAAUUUAAUGAAAAAGAGUUUAGCUUUUUUCUUCCUUCUUCGCUGCGGCACAUUUAUACAAGGAAAUCACAGAUCGAGGUGGUCCACUAUAGUGAGAAGUGAUUCCAUUUGCUUUUAUUUUAUUCACACGCAUGGCCAGGACAGUGGACUUUUUCUAGUGCUAUUAUAUCCAUAUGCCUUAAGGAUAACAGCCUGCAAACCACUAAGCUGAAAGUUAUCAGUCAUGUUAGGACCAGUUCAAACGUCGAAUUUCAAGAACUACAAUCCUCGUCACAUUAGUUGGGACAGUUGUGAUGUUUUCUGUCCUCCCAACAUUGGUUUUUGCGAGUUGGCAUCACAGAAGCAAAAAAUUCCACACUGGGAGAGAAGGAGCAUAACGUUUAGUCGCAAUAUGGUUUCUGCACCGGGUGUCCCAAAGUAAUGUGACAAGGAUUGUAAGUUCGACUCCCGGCCAAACAGCUUUUUUAUUUUCAAUUUGUACAUUUCUUCUUUCUGUUUAGUUUUUGUUUUUUAAUCCUGUUUUCUUUACCUGUGGCUUGUUUACCUUGAUUCUCUUUGCUGACUCUUUACAGCUUUGCGAGAUUUUCGCGACAACGUAUUUCUAGUAUAAACUUUUUUGUGUGUGUGUGUGUGUGGUACAGCGUAAAAGGCCUAGUUAUAAGUAAACCACACAAAAGCCAAGUUACUGGAAAUCCGUACGUUAUCGCAAAAACCUCGGGGGAAACAAGCCAAAGAGAUAAAAAGGGUUAAAAAACAAAAACUAAACAGAAAAAAUGUACAAAUUGAGUAUCAAAAAACUAGCUGCUUCGCCGGGAGUCAAACCAAGUUUAUCUGCAAGUGCAAGCGACUCCUUGACCAGCACGGUGCGACUCAGUUUUUGGGGAAGUAAAUUUGUUAUAUUAAAACCAUUUUUCCGCUCUUUGAAGCUGGUGGAGCUGUAUUUAUCAUAAAUUCAAAGAUACAUUUGAGAAAAAAUUAGCUUAAGCACUUAUUUUAAAGCUAUUUCGCAUUAUUUUGGGUUCAAAGGGGUUGAUCGAUGAGGAAAAUCUAUCAAACUAGCUGUACUUUAUUAGGUGGAGAAGUACGGUCGAUUUAAUUAGCGAAAGAAUGCAUGUAAUAUAAACGUGUAUAAACUCUGAAUCGACCCUCCUAUUCUAGAGACCAGACGUCGCCUAUUUUAGAGAAAAAAUGAACUAAGUUUUUAUGCUCUUGCUGGUCCCGUAAAGAAGAUGAUGAUCCCGCAACACUGCCCGCGACACAAAUUAACGAAAUUACACAAGUACGGACACAAAAUACCAAGACGGUUUACACGAGCAGAUAAAAGCAACAACGAAGUUCACACACUUAUGAUCAAAUUAGCGAUGUAUAGCAAUAUUUGCCUAGCUUUUAACCUUAUCCCCGACCUUUCGUGUUCGAAUGACUAUGGUGUCCCUUUUAAAUUUGCACAAGCGACCCGAAACUCUCCUCUCCCCCGAUAGUGUGUGACGUCAUAGUGGUCAGUAGAGAUGGCCCCUCCCUCCUUGUCAAACCUAAGUCGAAUCUUCGACUGUUUCAGUGGCAUAUUCAUCAAAGUCGUAUUUAAUAUGAAACUGUCGAAUUUGCUUGAUUCAGACGUUGCAUCUCACAUGUAGUUAAUUCUUGAAUUAAAUUCGGCACAUGUGAAAUCUGGGCCUUAAAUGUUAGCAGUGUCCUGUGAUAAAAUACCGGUAAAUUCCUCACCAUACGUAUGGCAUUGUUUUACGUUCUUGUAAACUUUGGUUUCAGUUUACUACAUUAUGUUUGUGGCUGUACACUCCACAGGUUAGAGUAAAACGGGUCUAAAUAAAAGAGAGAAAGAAAAAAGGAUGUUCAAGAAAAAAAUGGCUUUUGAGAGAUUCGAACCCCGUACCCUCAGAGUUCAUGUUCAUUGCCAUCUUAAAUUUUAAAUGACGGAAGUUAACUGGUUAUUUUUAAAUGCCCCACACAACCAAGACCUCAAAUAUGUUAUUUGUUUCUAGCUCGAUAUUAAAAUCUUGUCACAGCAACAAAAAAGCUAGUGUGGCAAUAGUCACAUGACUGAUGACGUCAUUACGCUAGAUUUGACAUGGGAAGAUAUUUUAUGGCAAAUGUUAUAUUGUUAGGGGCUGACAUUCUUCUAGGUAUAAAAUUGUCAAAGUUAUAAAGCUUUAAAAACAAAUGCCUGAAAGGAUUCUGUGUUAUCUGGCCUUGGGUGGUAAUAUUGGUGUGACUUAUCCCAUGUCUAAUACUCUUCUAAGGACCCUUUCUGCUCUUAAGAGGCAUACUUUCUGUAGAACACAGGACGAAAUUUCAAGAAUCCGUAAAUGGAAACGUAACGUAAACACGUUAAACCGUUGCGGAAACAUGACGGCAAUCACAUGUUUCCGCAAGCGUAAAUGCUUGGCAUCCUUACGGAAACACGCGAAAACGUUCCGGAAACAAGUCAAUUUCAUGUUUCCGUCAACGUAAUCGGAUGUAACUAUUGCGGAAACACGAGUUUACUAGUUGGAAAGUGGUGUUUUCAAGUUAUUUCCAUCGUGAAAAAAGCGCUUUUUACCAUCUUGGGUGGUUUUCCCGCCAUCUAUAUGGUAACAAAAACCUAUUCUCUCGACAUUUUUAUUGCACAAAAUAAUACCAAAGCAAUCUUUCCAAGUACUUUCUUUAUUCUCCUUGCUUCCUAAAUUGACAAUCAGUUCUUCUUAUAGUGUGUAUUCAUUACAUUGGUUAAGUUAAAUUACAUUUUAAGUGUGAGUGCCUAUUCAUACUAUCAAUGAACAAGAAUAGUAAGAGGCUUCCUUUAAGAAAUCCACUAGAAAUUUUCUGUAGCACAACGUAAUGUUUUUUUCUUGUAAAGAAAAUGUCAAAUCUGUUAACAAAUUAAUAUCCUUUAUAGCAGAUAGUGAUAAACACUUUCAUGAGCAGCUUAUGGCUAGAGAUAGUUUUGGUUGUCUAUAAUAUUUCAACAAAGUGGAAUAUGAUUUGUCGGGUGAAUGUACAUUGUAGUCCUGAGUAGGACUGUUGUUGACAGCGACUAACGUUUUGACAACAUGGUGAUCAUCAUUUUCAUGGGCAUUGUCAAAACAUCAGUUCCUGUCAACAGUCCCACUAAGUACUACACUAACCUGUAUGAUCAUAUACCACUUAUUACUUAUAUGACCAUUCUGCUUGAGGAUAAUAUUAUAUGGUGUCAUGAAAUAUUCUUACUCUUCUGGCAUGGUGGUCUAAACUACACAAUUUUCUAUGACCAGUGCAAAGAUUCAAAGGCAAAAAAAUAGAUCUACAAACAAAGUAUGGCCACACUUUUACAUAAUACAAGUCUGCUAAAACCGUUUGUGUUUCAUGUAUACGUUAUAGGUCACUCCUAUGCUGAAGUCAUUACUUAGUGUCUUUACCCAAUACACAAAAUGCUCGACUUAUAGAGUUACAGUAUGAAGAAGAUACAUGCAUCAAGCCAAUUUCAUCAGGAAGCACAAACCAUAAUAAUUCUUGGUCAUUUAUGCAGUCAUAGCAUUAUUUUAAGGUUGAAAAAGUUGGCCAAGUUUCAAUCCAUGAUCAUCUUUGUCAUACAUACUAGCAAGAAGUGAUGGGAAACAGUCCCAAUGCCUCAAUUAAGUAUCAAAUAACAAAAGUGGACCAUCAUUUUUGGCACUUAAUUUAUGCCAAGACACAUUUAAGCCUCUCAAAGAACAAAAUAUAUUAUAACCUAGCCCUUUUAAAGCAAUAUAAAAUGCCUUUCUGGAAAAGAUUUCCACAAAGUUCUAAUAAUUAUUAUUGUUAUAAAUGAUUAUGCAUUAUUGACCAACAUUCGGUCAAGAUGGCUGGGUAUUGGCCAAGCUCUAUUUUGUGAGGCCAAUACCCAGCUGUCUUCACCAAACAAGCUUGAUUGGUUUGCUCACUUGAGUAGCCUAUUAGAACACACGAUUUGCUUCAUCUUGCCGGCUCAUGGAUUCAACCAUAAAAUUGUAAUAAAUAAUUAUGCUUUAUUGACCGGGUGUGAGGUUAAGAUGGCUGGAUAUUUGCAUCUUUAUUGACCCUGCCUUCCUCUUACAAGGCUGUGCUCUAAGAAAAAUUGAAGGCAGCUCAGCACUCUGAACUUGUGAAAUCCAGUGUGCCCAGCAAAUGAUUUCUAUGAAAAAGCAAAGAUUUUCUAGUUGCCCGAGAACAAAAGUUACAGAUGUAGGCGCCAUGGGCCACAAAGCACAGCCUGGUCUUGGUCAAUAAAAAUGAAAAAAAUGAAUGAGUCCAAUAUUCAGCCAUCUUGAACAAACAAGCUUGGUCAAUAAAUGAAUUAUUACAUGGCCAAGAAGAGAACUUUUACUUGUGGGACCAACGCGGGAAAUCCAAAGUGGGCAAAAUGGGCUCAUCUUGCCCGCUUGAGUAGCCAAUUAGAAUGCAAGGUUUGCUUCAUCUUGCCCACUCAAGGCAGCAGUUGGACAUUUUUUUUGUCUUUAGUAUGGAAGUAGUAUUUCAAGAUUAAAAUUUUCAGAACUUGACUAAGCAUAAAGCACAGUAACUUCAAGACUGAAAUUAAGUUCCUUGAUGCAGCCUGCUUGCUUUGAGAGAACGUUUUGCACCAACAUCACAUACCAAGGUGAUCUGCCUGUUGUAUGAAAAACAAAACAAAGUGCUAUUUAAGUAAAACACAGAGGCUAUUCCCCAGGCUAUUGGUGGGGGGGGGGGGAACCUUUCAGCAGUAAGGUUACUUCACUAAUGUAGAUAUUCUCAUAAGAAUAAAACAUACUAAAUGAGUAAUAUACAUAUAAUUUACUGGCCGCCUACUUUGACAACUCAGCCGUCUACAUGCACUUCAAAACUUUCUGACAACCCUGAUUAAUCACAUUACAUUAACAUACAGUUGUGUUUCAUACUAAUAGCUAGUACACUAUGUUGCCCGCAACCUUCAGCGUUAAGACGGUGGACCAGGGGUUACAUGUAAAUGUAGACAGAGGCUGUCUAAGAUUCCCAGUGUCAGUGACAAAAAGCCUAUUUUUCAAGGGCACAACCUCCCUCAGGUUGCACAUUAUCAUCUACACGUACAGGGUCAAUACCAGGGGAGGCAGGGGAAAGUAACAUGGUCUGGGAGCAAGAAAUUAUGUUCUCACAACUUGUAAAGCGAUCACCCUGGUGGGCACCAGAUAAUUUACUGCAGUAAAUGUAUACUUCUGGUGUACAAUGUAUUACACAAAACAAAAUUCCUAUCAAACUCCCCCGAACAAAACAGUUUGGCCAUAAAACAAUAUCAAACCAGUUUUUUUGAGAGUUUUUUGCCGGAACAAAAUUGAAACAAACCAAAUUAUAUUGGAAAAAAAAUCAAAUGUGGAAACUGAGUCAACUCAACAAGCCAGGGAAAUCUGACAAGUGCUGGAUUCAGAAUAUGCUACAAUUGAGGCCAAUUAAGGAGUGAAGAUCGAGUAAUAAUUGAGAUGAUUCCCAAGAUGAUUUCAACUUGCAGAUUUAAAGACUUUUUCCUUGGUAAACAAAAUGAAUGUAUUGACAUUUUCACAGAAAAUGUUUAUUUUAGAAUUUAACUCUGAAAUGGAAAUAAUAAAAGAAGCAGGACCUUGCAUCGCCUUAAAUGCUUUCACACUAGAUCAAUAAUUAACACACUUGCCAUCAACUGUUUGGAACUGAAACAUUUGAUUUUGUUCCAUUCAAGUAUUCCUUAUACGAGUUCCACUUUGUUCGAUAACCCAACUCAACGUUUAACUGACUUCAAAAAUCGAAUGAUCUAUUCAAUUUUUUUUUGUGAGUGGGUUUUGUUGAAUGGCUGAGCUACAUCAAACUCUUUCAUUUGAAAGAGUUUGAUCUAGUUGAAAGCCAAACAUUCAAUGUGAUAUGCUGGAUAUACAUUUACAUGUAUUUCCUAAAGUAAAUAUUCUAGCAGUGAGAGGCGAACCGACAGAGAAAAUAAAUCAAUAAUUGACAAAAAUAUCAUGCCUCUUUUUUUUUCACAUGUUGUAAUUGUUUCUUGGUAUUGAAGUUGCAAGGGAAACUAAAAAACAAUUGACAGUCACUACAACCAUGUAAUGUCUUAACUGACAACAAUGUACGCUGAGCUAUGAGUGUGGAUAUCAGAUUAAUGAUGCCGAUAAAAAACACUGGAAAAAGUGUCAAAUUUAGUCAAACAAAGUCUACUAUUCCAUAGAGCUUAUAAAUAUGAGCUUAUAAUUCUGAAUAAACAAAUUCACUUCUCAACAUUUCACUCUGUUUAUUACAGUCAGUUCAACAACUUAAAUUCAAAGUUUAAAAUCCAACAAACCUAGUAAACAAAGCAAAACUAUUCCUGAAAGCUCAGUUCCUUGAAUUAUAAUAUUGAAAUCACUUUAAAGUGCCUGUUUCACAGUUGUGUAGUAAACUGUUGUUCACUUUGUCUAUAUUGCCAAUGAUGUGUCCUUAUGCCGUAAUAUGUUGUCUGAAAAGCAGCAUUAUAUCAAUACACUUGUGAAUAACCAAACCAUAAUAAAUUUCCCUUUUUCAGUUUUUAUCUCAAAACCACCAAUCUUUGGUUAUUCAAAGAAUGAUCAGUAAACAAAUCUGCUGGUUGCUUUGCAAGUUGAGGGAACAUUGUUUGGAUUUCAAGAGAACAUAAUUAUUUAAGGAGUACCCCCCUCCCCCCUGGUCAAUAUGAUGCUUGCAUACAACUGCAGGGUAAUACAGGAUAAAUAAAAGUGGUUUUACUAGUUUAACUCCACUGCUGGUUUUGCUGUCCACUGAAAUGAAGACUUAAAGGGGCUGUGUCACAAUAUUCAGUAUUGUCUGGAUCACUCUUUUACAGUUGAUUUCAAAUUAUUUACCACGCCACAUUGUAAAGUUCGUUGGGAAAUUGGGUACUACAUUAUGAAGUAGCCAAUUACAUGGCACGUUAGGGAAUUGAAUUGCGAACUUCAAGACAUAGUUGUCAACUUUGGUGUGACUGAACUUCACAAGUUUGCUCAACAGUAACUUCACUUCCCAGUUGUUUUAAUCACUGAGCUCUCGUCAAAGAAGUGCCUAUUCCUGGGAUCACAGUUACUGAAAAAAAAUACUUUCUUCAACUUUUUCUUGAGCAUUUUCAGUCAAGCAUUAUUAUAUUAUUAUUAUAAGCUCUCUUUUGGAACUAUUUGUCAACUUUUUGCACGAGUAACCGAGAUCAUGUGUCAAUACAUGACUCAAUGAACCUUUGUUGCUCAACAACCUGAUUUUCAAUUAAAUGUUUUUGUAUUUCCAUAGCAUACAUACUUGGACUUCGCUGUUUACCCAACUCUGUGUAGGGGCUUCCGAGACAUAUGAACCGAUCAACAAUAUCUGUUACCGUCUUUCUCAGUAAAUUAAACCUGUGCACUAUUUGGAAUGGUUUUGAACCCCAGUGAUUUUGUUACCUCUGCAUCUUGCAUCACUCACACGUAAAAUUCCCCAAAGACGCAAAAAAAUUCAUGGCACGCAUCCUGUAGGAUACAAAGGAUGAUCGAUCGAUUUGAAGAUUUUUUGGUAGAAUAUCCUGUUUGUGUGAUUUCUGUAGCUGUUGUUUAAAGAUGUAUAUUUAUUUUAGUCUUUUUGUGCUUUAAAUAUAUAGAAGGACUAUAUUUUGAUUUCAGUAAACUGUAAUAAGAGUUUUGGUGUCUGUCUCCAGAUUAACUGUCUGGUUAAAAGGCCCAUACCAAGCAUUUUCAAUUAAGGACUCCCUGUUUUUUGAACUGGGACUCACUGGUUAUGAACAGGGACUUGUGCCUAUUCACAAGAUGAGUCCCAGGACUCACCACAUACUAUUUGUAACAAAAUCACUGGAACCCUCUGACCAUUUUUCUACAAUCAUUUCACAGGCCUCACAGCGCAGCACCUUGCCCUGUUUAGUAAAAUGAUUCAGGUUCAUUAUGUUGCAGUUUCCUGCUUGGGAAAUUACUGUACUUAUCAAUCACAGCUUUGUGUCAACAAAUAUGUCUCCCAAGCAUUAUAUCAAAUGUUACAGACCACAAAAAUGAAAUAUGGAAAACUGUUAAGCUUACCUCGUCUUACUAUCUGUAUUCCCCGUGACAAUCCUCCGCCUUGGAUAGCCUUAGCACGGUAAAACACUCCAACUUUCAAAUUAUGCUUGCUCAUCACGAGGUUUUUGUCUCACAUUCUGCUCAACUGUGUCAGAAGAGUCGCUUUACGAGGGAAGCGAUCGAUUACUGAAGGCCGGUGGGUCGACAAAUAUACAUAACAACCCUUAGAUGUCUUGUAGUGCCAUUAGAAAGCAAAAAUAUACCGAUUCCACGCUCCUAGAACCUACAGAAGCUGGCAAAUUUGAAGUCGUUGCAAUCACUUUCAAAAUGGACGCCAAAAAGAAUGACCGCAAUGAGCAUGAGCAAAAGAAAAGUCCGCUGACCAGCACUCCGCUCUCUUCUAGGCCCCAUUCCCUCUUAUUUUCUCUCUUGUAUUCUCCGUCUAAGAGUAUUUUAUUUUACGCCAGUACUGAUUGACAUCAAUCUGGCAAAUAUCGAAAGCUGUUGGUAAUCUCUGCGAUUUUUAUCAUUUAGAAUCGAAAGCAAUGCCAACCUCGCACGCUUCACAGUCUUUGCAUCAAUGCAACGCGCGCGAGUAAUGCAUGAGAACCGUUUAUAGCCCGAUCUCAAGAGUAAAUUUACCUUUAUUCACCUUGAUUGUACGCAAAGGCAAAUUUUCUGAAACAUUGAUCAUGCGAUCUUGGACAUGGGUUAAAAAAAAAGAAAAAAAUUCGUCACCUGAAACGUAACGGAAACAAGAAAGAACGGAAAUGUGAUAACAGAAAUGUGGCGGAAACAUGAUCGUUCGUUUCCGUCGCGGAAACAUGACGGAAACGCGUCCCGUACAUGGAAAACUAGAUCACCAUGUUUCCGCAGGGCGGAAACGUGACGGAUAUAAGCAACUUCCCGUUUCCGUCAAGUUUACAAAAUACGGAAACACGUUAUUUCGUCCUGUGGAAGCUUUAAUUCCUUGGCUACGUCCAGUACCUUCAACCAUUUUGGUUGACACCAUUCCAAGGGCGCCAAUAAUCACGGGCACGAUAGUGACUUCAUUACACUUCCAAAUCGUUUUGAGCUCCCUCUUCAAAUCCUGGUACUUUUUCAAUUUUUCCUUUUCCGUCUCACAGAUUCUUGUGUCGAAGGGACGCGCUAUAUCUAUUACGAGACAUUUUCCUUCUUUGUUGUCCAUCACUACAAUGUCAGGCUUGCUUGCCUCCACCACCAAAUCUGUUUGAACUUUGUGUUCUCUGACUCAAGAACGGCUCAGGUGUAUGAUUAUACCAUGUUUUGCCUCUCUCGGAGCUUGACUUUUCACAAAGAAACUAGUGUGUCACUUGGGCAACUUUGUCGUGUCUACAGUUUCUUGUAAUGCUUUUGCGCGAGCUUCAUGCAUUUAGCCACCACAUGUGCAAUCGUUUCGUCUCUCUCCCCAAACAUUCUACAUGCAGGCGACACCUCCUGUUUAUCAACUCUGAAUUCGUCUCAGUGCCUGGUCCUGAGCGGCAGUUAAUAGACCCUUCAUCUCCAUUUUCAGAUUUGCUAUCUUGAGCUACUCCCAAGACUUCUCAUCUCUUUCCGUUGUAUUUCCGAAAAACUGGCCAUAGAGAGGCUUGGCUGGGAAUCUUUGCUUUUUUCUACGUCAAGUGCAUCCUUAUCUAGCUUCAUCUUUUCCAAUAUUGUUCAGAAUCUGUUCUUGAUAUACUGCACGUAGUAAAACUUCGUCAUUCUACUAAUGCAAUUAGCAAGGCAACAUUACACACUCUUCCACACCGAUCAGCCCUCUUCUACCUUCUGAUCUUCUGAGUUAUAAUCUAUUAUUAUUAUUAUUUCGAAUUCGCACAGGCGUUCUUUGUACUGGAAGCAACAACAUUUUCUACUUUUAGUGUGGUCCCGUCCCGAGACCUUAGAUUUCAAGGGCCUUUCUCAAUAUGGUGGCCGUUCAAGGAAGUUCAGACUUUUGCAAAGUUCAGACCCUAUUUGGAAUUCCAAUUCCCUUCAGUGACCCUACAACGACUGGUAUUAAUUUUGUCUUUGCCCUACAGAGUCUAGAUGUUUCCCUUGCUAAGUCUUGAUAUUUUUCCUAAAUCUCUUUCUCUUAAUUUGCUUUCAACGUUGCUGUCGCCAGGUACCGCAAUCUCUUCGGUAAGGAAUUUGUUGUUAUUCUUACCAUGGACAGUUAUGUCAGGCCUACGGUGAUUUAUCUCACGAUCGGUUUGUAUGGUAAAAUUUUAUAAUAUAUUCACUUCUUCAUUGUCAGUUAUCCCUACAGGGCUAUGUUCGUACCAAUUGCUACUAAAUGGGAGAUCAUAAACUUUACAAUGAACAACCCGGGCCAGUGUGUCGUGCCUCUUUUUGUAAUCUCUUUGGACAAGCUAGCUGCAGCCACAUACUAUGAGUUCUACACUCUCCUGGCAUUUUCCAUGCAUUCUGCUUUAAUGGCUUAAGACAAAUCUCCAUGCAGAUCAGCCCUUGCCCCCCUUUCUUACGACUGAGGUAUGUAACAGGCGGCUAACAUUUGUUCAUGUAUAGUAAGCAAUUUUCUGGUCUUUCGAUCAAGAUUCAUUAGCUCAAUCUUAGUCCACUUAGCCAUCCCAACACUGUAGCGCAACAGCGACACAAGCCACCAGUUGAUAGCCUUCACCAUGUUUCCGCCAUUGAGUUUUGACCUGAUCACGUACUCCUUACUUAGCCUCUUAGCCUAUAAAAAGAGACCUUCCUUAGGAAGAUUUUGAUAAGUUUCCGAUUACCCAGCCAAGAUGGCGACACGUUUUUGAAUUCUCCCGCGUCUCGCGAGAAAAAUCCAAGCUACCGCAAUAUGUUGCACUUUAUCAGUGGCCAAAAUAAAGAAUACUUAUAGAAAACCUGUUCCUAUUGGUCUUCGAUUGAAUUAAUAAGUAUAUCCACGAGGAUAACGCGUAUCACACGUACACGGCUUCGGUUAACCGUUGUGGAAGAUUCGGUCGCUACAGUAGAAGAAUACUGGCUUUUCCCAGGAAAAUGGUUUGUGUUCAAGUUGCAUAUCGUUUCGUUAACCUUUUGGCCGCUGUCUAUUGUAUUUGUGAUAUCAGGUAACCGUGUAAGUGUGGGAAAAUGAGGCAAGAAGUAUUUAUGGCAGGACGCUCACACAGAGGAAUUGAGCGUGGAAUUUAUUUUUAUGAGCCAUAGACAUGUCAGUGGACGUUCCAAUCCCGGUAAGCUUUUUCUAAGAAGAAAUUACCAAUAGCACGAAUAAUACAACUCUCUGUUGCUGUACAGUAUACUCCCAGAGGUUUUGUGAUGCAAAUAAAACAACCGUUCAACUGCAGUGUAUUGCAUGUGAUUUCCUUUUGUUUGUUAGGUAGAUCGGGUCUCACACGACAUCUGUUAAUAAAGAUGAUCUUAGCUGAACUGGGGCUACUCCGUAACUAGUUUUUCCGUCUCUCAUUGUAUUCCCGUUGGCUUCAUUUGUUGUUCAAACUCGCCGGCACCCGGACGGCGCCGUGAUACAUGUACUACAACAAAUGUUCCCGAAUGUUCACAUUUCUGGGUCAACAAACGCUCCUAUCACAACACACUCGUUCUAUUUAACUAAGGUACUUUACAAUAGAUGUUUCAGAAAGAGAAUAGGGAGUUAAGAACCAAGCGAAAACUAGUAAAGAUUUAGGCUCAUUAACCCUGAGCCGCACUGCGAGCGACGAUCGAUAUCAGUUUUCGCCAUUCGAUAUUUUUAUAACUCCUUCGCGUAAAAACAUAAAUUACACGUUAUAACAACGUUCCAUAAGUUAAUAUUUAGUUUUUUACAAGAGGUGUUUUGAUUUUUUGCAAGAAUGAGAGUGAAGUGGAUUCUCACAUCGCGACGCCAACCGACGACAUGUUUCAAAUCUUUAAUAUUAAUUUGAUUGAGCUUGGGGAACCUUUUUAAACCGAACCCCCAUGUUUAACAUCAUCAUUAUUAUUAUUAUUAUUAUUAUUAUUAUUAUUAUUAUUAUUAUUACUAUUAUUAUUAUUAUUAAUAAAACAGGGUUCAUCUCAUCGAAAUUCAGGUCUUACGGAGAUGAAAUAAUUAUUUAAAAAAAUUAAAUAUUAGAUAUACUAAUAUUGUUGUGCGUUUAGAUAUGGGUAAAUAGCAGUCGUAAAGAGUUUUUGAACAACAGUGAAUGUUGUGAAGUCUUUGCAGUGUAAACAAAUAUCGGUGAAAUAAGUAUGUGUAAUUAAAUGGUAACGAGUGAAAUUAGUGAAUAAUUUCACGUGAGUGUUUUUAGGUUUUCUAACGCGUCGUUUAAUGUCCUGACAUCUUUCUUCAUAACAUAUUGGCACUAAGACGUACGAAAUGUUGCCAUGGCAAUUUUGAAAUUUGUCACCCAUGAUAUUUAUUAUACUAGUUCUAGAAUGAGGAUCGCCCUGAGAUGGUGUAGCAUCUUAUCCAAGAGAAACCAAUUAUACCACUUCUAAUCGGCUUUAUGCAAAGAAAAGAGUUGCAUAAUCUUGAGCUUUGGAAGCACUUCCUUGAUAUUUAAGGUUAGCCNUACGGAGAUGAAAUAAUUAUUUAAAAAAAUUAAAUAUUAGAUAUACUAAUAUUGUUGUGCGUUUAGAUAUGGGUAAAUAGCAGUCGUAAAGAGUUUUUGAACAACAGUGAAUGUUGUGAAGUCUUUGCAGUGUAAACAAAUAUCGGUGAAAUAAGUAUGUGUAAUUAAAUGGUAACGAGUGAAAUUAGUGAAUAAUUUCACGUGAGUGUUUUUAGGUUUUCUAACGCGUCAUUUAAUGUCCUGACAUCUUUCUUCAUAACAUAUUGGCACUAAGACGUACGAAAUGUUGCCAUGGCAAUUUUGAAAUUUGUCACCCAUGAUAUUUAUUAUACUAGUUCUAGAAUGAGGAUCGCCCUGAGAUGGUGUAGCAUCUUAUCCAAGAGAAACCAAUUAUACCACUUCUAAUCGGCUUUAUGCAAAGAAAAGGGUUGCAUAAUCUUGAGCUUUGGAAGCACUUCCUUGAUAUUUAAGGUUAGCCGUGAAGUUAUUUUUUUGUCUUCUAAUUUUACAGAAAGUAUCAUCAAUGUUUGGCCAAACAUAACUACAGUUGAAGAAGGGGGAAAUAUUACUGUUAACUGCACUUUGUCAGGAAAUAACACGAACGCAACCGGACUCAUCUUUAUGUGGAGUAAAUAUGGCACAAAAAGGGUGCUGCCACGUUCAAAUCAGCUGACUUUGGAAAACAUCAGUAGAAAGGAUUCGGGGAACUACAGCUGUACUGUCGCCAAUGUCACAACAAACCCGAACGAUAAUGCCAUAGCAACUGUAACAGUGAUCUGUAAGUACUUAAUUAGUCUUGAAUGAUUUCUUGAUUGUUUGUUUGUUGAUUGCUUUCUAACCUUUAUUAAACCUUCCUUUAAAAGUCACUAUAUCAUAAGCACCAUUACAUGUCCGAAAUGUCCUAGUGAACGUCUCUUCAGUUACUAUUUAGAGUUAUCUUGCUUGUAGAACUCAAUUUUUUCAGGGCAAUGGCUAUAAUUCCUCCUCUAAAUACAUCAAAUGCGGACUACCCCAUCAAGCUUUCCAUUAACAUAAAAUAGAUCAAAUUUUAUUUUAUUCAAAACAAAACAAAAUAGGCAAAAACUUGACCUUUAUUGAGAUGAUCGUGUAAAUAAACUUUUGUUCUUAAGAGUUAUACUUGAUGAACACUUACCUUGGAGUUCUCAAAUACAGAACGUACCAAGAAAAGUCUUAAUAUCAGUAGGCAUUAUUUACAAAUCAAGAUUUUAAUUUCUGCCUUAAUAUGACCCUCUUAUGUACUCUCUAUUAUAGUUUAGUUUAUCCUUAUUUACAUUACUGUGCGAGUGUUUGGAGCUUAACUUAUCAGUCAAAUCUUAAACGUUUGAUUACUCUUCAAAAACGGGUUGAUAAAAUAAUUUCCGGCAAGAGUCCUUUUUAUGCACGUGCCAAUCCUAUUUGUGAGCUUACGAAUUCUAAAAUUUGAAUAUAUUAUCCAACUUCAAAUAGAUAAGUUAUGUAUCUUUACUAAAAAGGCCUUUUUCGUUACAGUUUCAAUGACAUGUUUUUACUUAACUGUGACGUACGUUCUUAUGACACUAGAUUAAGAAGUAAGAAUUCCUUCCGUUUGCCCUACUGCGGGACAAUUGUAAGGAAAUUUUCACUUCAUUUUCAUGGGCCCAAAAUAUUUAAUUCUCCUAGCCUCUAGUGCUGCUUUGUUCCAUCCAAAACGUAAGUCAUUUUUUCUUGGUAUAAGGACACUUUAGUUCUCUCAUCACUUGUGUGUAGUUUUUCGCUUCUUUCCCUUUUUUUUUUCUCGUAUCUUCUUACAAUAUUUUUUCUCGCCUUUUUCUUUUUCGUUUUCGCUCUUACACGUUCAACCUUAUCUAUUUUUAUUCUAUUUAAUGAUUAUUCUCUGUGUUCUAAAGUAAUUAUAGCGGAGCUCUCUGGCGCGAAGCGCGCGCAGCGGAGCACCAUGGGUAAGAAAAUGUGGUUAUCUACCCAUUCGAGAAGAUUUGGUAAUCACGUGACCGUACACCGACCGAGCGACCGUCCGUCCGCACCUCAGGCAUACCAAUGUAAAAUAUCUCAAUCAACAGGUAUGGCAACCCAAUUGCAACUCGAGGUUAUUUUGGCGGGAAAUCGCUUAGCCACCCGCGUCGUGUAAAGCAGAGGCAGCUAAAGAGUCAAUACGGACCCUAAGUUAGGGUGGACGGUAAGGUGGAGGACGGCAACAGGAAAUAAAAGUUGCCCGAUUUGGGUCUAAUUAGCAUAUAUCUCAGCCGUCCAACCUACGUCGUCUGCAUGUCGCGACGGUGAGAAAGCUGAGUGCGACGGUGUCUCUUUAUUUCAACAGAAUACCGCUUUUAUCUGUUGCUAGUGUCUAGUUUAUUUCAAAUGGUAAACCUUUCCCAAUUACUUACUUGAACACUAUUUUAUGAUUGAAUAUAACAUGAACUUGUGUAGCAGGUGGUACAACUGCAGGGUUAGAAUUGUCAGCGAUAAAUUAAUUACCAAUUAAUGAAUGAGGUUGAGUAUCUUAUAAAGAAUUAUGGAGAUCAAGGAGGGUGUUAUCCGUCUAGGCCGUAGGCCGAGGCGGACAACACCCUCCGAGCUCUCCAUAAUUCUUCAUAUGAUACGAAAGCCGAAUUCAAUAAUUGUUUUAUUAUUCAUUCAAAAUAAUUCCUAGUUUAAAAACAUAGCUAAAACAUGCUUACCUCCAUCGAUCCACUGAUGUUCAGUUCAUCUUCGAUAGUGUACGUUUAGGUUUGUCCAGCUCCGCAAAUAUUAUAUCCAAAUAGCAGAUGUCGCCCUCCGAGUUGCCUUCUUGCUGUUUUUGCUACGUUUUUAACUAUUACUUCGCCUAGUUCCGGCUGUAGUUCUUACUCUUGAAACGAGUGAAGUGUCGGCCAUUUAACAACCAAAACAACUCAGCAACCGAAACAACUCAUUCUCGUCCCAGGUCUUCUCGGUUAACGGUUCAUUAACCUGUAGAGGGCUGUAUUUUUGACGUCAUUUUCUCGUUAAACACAAAAUUCUUUCAAAUUUGGUCAUCAGUAACUGUUUAUGGUGAAUUAAACGUACGCUUUUAGCCAAUCAGAAUCGGGGAAAUAUUUUGAAUGAAUAAUAAUCACAUUUAAGUAUUCUCUCACCAUCUGAACUACCCUUUUCUUCAUUCACGUAGUUUUUAGUUCACCUGUUCUGCUUAAGUUGUACGUGUUAAUUGGUUACCAUUUAUUCGGCAAAAUAAUACCCUGUAUCAUGCUGUAUAAAGCAGGAUGAAGGAACUUGGUUAUUUUUGCGCGCAACUUGCAUUGCCAAUCGUAUUUAAUAAUUUGUUCUUAUUUUAAUGAAGAUGGAGUGGACUGAAGAUCACGAUAUUCAGCUUGCUAAAAAAGUUCUUGGAAGUGAGCCCUACCGCUUCAAGCCAAGAGCUGUGUAGGCUCGAUUACCAGCCGUACGAACUGUGGAGCGCGCGAAAAUUUGGCAAUACGUUGAUCGCAAAUAGGCUCAAUGGAGCGACGAACAUUCACUUUCGAGCAGCAAAGCGCUCAACUAGAUUUCAUCGUAAAAGGAAACGAAUUUCUCAUCUGAUAUGACACCAUCAUAAUUAAAAAAGUAGACCAAAAGCUCUCGGAUCUUUUUCAGGGCACUCAUUCUCAAACCUUUUAAUAAAGUUAAGAAAAGUCUUCGACCGUCACCUCUACUGAAACUUAAAGCUUGUUUCUUUCGCGAAGUCGACGUCGUCCCUCCCCAAGCCGUCGCGGCCAAAGUUACCGUCGCCGUCUACCUUAACUUAAGAUCGGUAAUAAAAACGAAAACGGAAAGCGGAAAUUGUUUCUGUAUCCGUGUUGUCUAAAGUGCUGUGCUUAGAUUAAUGGUCAUGUCCACAAAUUUGGAACAUAGAGCAAGAGAAAGACAGAGAAAAAGAGAGAGUAGGCGACAGGCCAGCGAAACUCAACGAGAAAAAGGGCGACAGAGAUCUAGAGCGAGAGAUAAAAAACAAGGGAGACAUUUUUUGUUGGAAGCCAACAUGAAACUUUUGUAGCAGGGGCGACAGAAUGAGAAAUGCUAGCGGCCACCAAUGUAAGGUGAAAAUGAGCGGCAGUGAAAAAAAGUGAACGAUAACACGUACGACAUUUCCUCCAUAAAAAAACGGUUUCUGGAAGUUUUGCGUUGUAGUCGUGCAAGACAACGGCAAGGAAAUGAAAAAACAAAAGUGCGCUGCAUGUGGAAAGUUGUUGUUGUUUUUUUUUUUUGCUAAUUAGACCUAUUGUUGUUUUUCGCCGAUCUCCGGCGUUGCCUUCGCCGCUUAGCAUUACACGAUUUUAUAUUUUGUUUGAACAAACUAUAAAUAUCAUCGAGAACUUCGCUGUUAGCUCUGGCUAAAUCUAUAUAUUAUGUGCUUAGUUAAAUUGUCUUGCCGAUGUCAUUAUUUUUUUAUUAAUUAGUAUAUUUUUAAAGGUGGUCCUAUUCACAAGCCUUAUUGGCUUCCUUGGGCUUCCUUGUCUCAUCUUUUUUUCUUAAUUUUAUGAAAAUGUCUAACUUGUAUCAGUGGUAAAAUGAUGAUAAACAAUAAACAAUAUUUGGCUUAUUUUCCUUUUAUUUUUAGGCAUGAACAUUUUAAGAAUGAACCAUAAAGACCGCACAUACUGUACUGUACUUGGAUAUUUUUACGGAAUACUGCAAACAAGUUCAAAUUUUUUUGGCUUACCCAUGAUUGCAGCAGUAAUAGCCAAGAAGACUUGUGACACCCCCACUUGCACCCUAGUCGAAGUAUUCAUGAUAAAUGAAAGCUUUCCUGUUGGACAACUCUAUUCAAGGGCCACCUACAUUCAGGGAAUACAUCUUUUUUCCCUGAAAACGCUCACAUUAAUUUUUUUUUCUGGAUCCCAAAACCCAGGUUUAACCUCUAUUUAGUUCAGUACACCCUGGCUCUCAAACCUUGAGGGAGGUUGCAGCAAGAUUUCGAGGCAGGUUAAUUAUUAACAAACAAAGCCCAACCUCUAUGCAGGGAAUACUUGCCUCGGUCCCAAGAAUGUCCCCACGUUUCAGUACGACCGUAUCAUAUUUUUUUUUUCAGAUGCGCCAGCUAUCAAUUUUUCGACGCCGAACCUAACAGUAAACGAAUCUUCCAAGACAAAGCUUACCUGCAAGGCCAGCGGUAAUCCGCUUCCACUAAUUCGUUGGACACUUCCAAACGGAUCUCGUGUUCGCAACAAUGGAGUCCUUGAGUUUGAUAACACGUUUAGAAGUCAGUAUUUCCGGCAAGAGUCCUUUUUAUGCACGUGCCAAUCCUAUUUGUGAGCUUACGAAUUCUAAAAUUUGAAUAUAUUAUCCAACUUCAAAUAGAUAAGUUAUGUAUCUUUACUAAAAAGGCCUUUUUCGUUAUAGUUUCAAUGACAUGUUUUUACUUAACUGUGACGUACGUUCUUAUGACACUAGAUUAAGAAGUAAGAAUUCCUUCCGUUUGCCCUACUGCGGGACAAUUGUAAGGAAAUUUUCGCUUCAUUUUCAUGGGCCCAAAAUAUUUAAUUCUCCUAGCCUCUAGUGCUGCUUUGUUCCAUCCAAAACGUAAGUCAUUUUUUCUUGGUAUAAGGACACUUUAGUUCUCUCAUCACUUGUGUGUAGUUUUCGCUUCUUUCCUUUUUUUUUUCUCGUAUCUUCUUACAAUAUUUUUUCUCGCCUUUUUCUCUUUCGUUUUCGCUCUUACACGUUCAACCUUAUCUAUUUUUAUUCUAUUUAAUGAUUAUUCUCUGUGUUCUAAAGUAAUUAUAGCGGAGCUCUCUGGCGCGAAGCGCGCGCAGCGGAGCACCAUGGGUAAGAAAAUGUGGUUAUCUACCCAUUCGAGAAGAUUUGGUAAUCACGUGACCGUACACCGACCGAGCGACCGUCCGUCCGCACCUCAGGCAUACCAAUGUAAAAUAUCUCAAUCAACAGGUAUGGCAACCCAAUUGCAACUCGAGGUUAUUUUGGCGGGAAAUCGCUUAGCCACCCGCGUCGUGUAAAGCAGAGGCAGCUAAAGAGUCAAUACGGACCCUAAGUUAGGGUGGACGGUAAGGUGGCCAUGGAGGACGGCAACAGGAAAUAAAAGUUGCCCGAUUUGGGUCUAAUUAGCAUAUAUCUCAGCCGUCCAACCUACGUCGUCUGCAUGUCGCGACGGUGAGAAAGCUGAGUGCGACGGUGUCUCUUUAUUUCAACAGAAUACCGCUUUUAUCUGUUGCUAGUGUCUAGUUUAUUUCAAAUGGUAAACCUUUCCCAAUUACUUACUUGAACACUAUUUUAUGAUUGAAUAUAACAUGAACUUGUGUAGCAGGUGGUACAACUGCAGGGUUAGAAUUGUCAGCGAUAAAUUAAUUACCAAUUAAUGAAUGAGGUUGAGUAUCUUAUAAAGAAUUAUGGAGAUCAAGGAGGGUGUUAUCCGUCUAGGCCGUAGGCCGAGGCGGACAACACCCUCCGAGAUCUCCAUAAUUCUUCAUAUGAUACGAAAGCCGAAUUCAAUAAUUGUUUUAUUAUUCAUUCAAAAUAAUUCCUAGUUUAAAAACAUAGCUAAAACAUGCUUACCUCCAUCGAUCCACUGAUGUUCAGUUCAUCUUCGAUAGUGUACGUUUAGGUUUGUCCAGCUCCGCAAAUAUUAUAUCCAAAUAGCAGAUGUCGCCCUCCGAGUUGCCUUCUUGCUGUUUUUGCUACGUUUUUAACUAUUACUUCGCCUAGUUCCGGCUGUAGUUCUUACUCUUGAAACGAGUGAAGUGUCGGCCAUUUAACAACCAAAACAACUCAGCAACCGAAACAACUCAUUCUCGUCCCCAGGUCUUCUCGGUUAACGGUUCAUUAACCUGUAGAGGGCUGCAUUUUUGACGUCAUUUUCUCGUUAAACACAAAAUUCUUUCAAAUUUGGUCAUCAGUAACUGUUUAUGGUGAAUUAAACGUACGCUUUUAGCCAAUCAGAAUCGGGGAAAUAUUUUGAAUGAAUAAUAAUCACAUUUAAGUAUUCUCUCACCAUCUGAACUACCCUUUUCUUCAUUCACGUAGUUUUUAGUUCACCUGUUCUGCUUAAGUUGUACGUGUUAAUUGGUUAUCAUUUAUUCGGCAAAAUAAUGCCCUGUAUCAUGCUGUAUAAAGCAGGAUGAAGGAACUUGGUUAUUUUUGCGCGCAACUUGCAUUGCCAAUCGUAUUUAAUAAUUUGUUCUUAUUUUAAUGAAGAUGGAGUGGACUGAAGAUCACGAUAUUCAGCUUGCUAAAAAAGUUCUUGGAAGUGAGCCCUACCGCUUCAAGCCAAGAGCUGUGUAGGCUCGAUUACCAGCCGUACGAACUGUGGAGCGCGCGAAAAUUUGGCAAUACUUUGAUCGCAAAUAGGCUCAAUGGAGCGACGAACAUUCACUUUCGAGCAGCAAAGCGCUCAACUAGAUUUCAUCGUAAAAGGAAACGAAUUUCUCAUCUGAUAUGACACCAUCAUAAUUAAAAAAGUAGACCAAAAGUUCUCGGAUCUUUUUCAGGGCACUCAUUCUCAAACCUUUUAAUAAAGUUAAGAAAAGUCUUCGACCGUCACCUCUACUGAAACUUAAAGCUUGUUUCUUUCGCGAAGUCGACGUCGUCCCUCCCCAAGCCGUCGCGGCCAAAGUUACCGUCCUGUAUGUCGCCGUCUACCUUAACUUAAGAUCGGUAAUAAAAACGAAAACGGAAAGCGGAAAUUGUUUCUGUAUCCGUGUUGUCUAAAGUGCUGUGCUUAGAUUAAUGGUCAUGUCCAAAAAUUUGGAACAUAGAGCAAGAGAAAGACAGAGAAAAAGAGAGAGUAGGCGACAGGCCAGUGAAACUCAACGAGAAAAAGGGCGACAGAGAUCUAGAGCGAGAGAUAAAAAACAAGGGAGACAUUUUUUGUUGGAAGCCAACAUGAAAAUUUUGUAGCAGGGGCGACAGAAUGAGAAAUGCUAGCGGCCACCAAUGUAAGGUGAAAAUGAGCGGCAGUGAAAAAAAGUGAACGAUAACACGUACGACAUUUCCUCCAUAAAAAAACGGUUUCUGGAAGUUUUGCGUUGUAGUCGUGCAAGACAACGGCAAGGAAAUGAAAAAACAAAAGUGUGCUGCAUGUGGAAAGUUGUUGUUGUUUUUUUUUUUUGCUAAUUAGACCUAUUGUUGUUUUUCGCCGAUCUCCGGCCUUGCCUUCGCCGCUUAGCAUUACACGAUUUUAUAUUUUGUUUGAACAAACUAUAAAUAUCAUCGAGAACUUCGCUGUUAGCUCUGGCUAAAUCUAUAUAUUAUGUACUUAGUUAAAUUGUCUUGCCGAUGUCAUUAUUUUUUUAUUAAUUAGUAUAUUUUUAAAGGUGGUCCUAUUCACAAGCCUUAUUGGCUUCCUUGGGCUUCCUUGUCUCAUCUUUUUUUCUUAAUUUUAUGAAAAUGUCUAACUUGUAUCAGUGGUAAAAUGAUGAUAAACAAUAAACAAUAUUUGGCUUAUUUUCCUUUUAUUUUUAGGCAUGAACAUUUUAAGAAUGAACCAUAAAGACCGCACAUACUGUACUGUACUUGGAUAUUUUUACGGAAUACUGCAAACAAGUUCAAAUUUUUUUGGCUUACCCAUGAUUGCAGCAGUAAUAGCCGAGAAGACUUGUGACACCCCCACUUGCACCCUAGUCGAAGUAUUCAUGAUAAAUGAAAGCUUUCCUGUUGGACAACUCUAUUCAAGGGCCACCUACAUUCAGGGAAUACAUCUUUUUUCCCUGAAAACGCUCACAUUAAUUUUUUUUUCUGGAUCCCAAAACCCAGGUUUAACCUCUAUUUAGUUCAGUACACCCUGGCUCUCAAACCUUGAGGGAGGUUGCAGCAAGAUUUCGAGGCAGGUUAAUUAUUAACAAACAAAGCCCAACCUCUAUGCAGGGAAUACUUGCCUCGGUCCCAAGAAUGUCCCCACGUUUCAGUACGACCGUAUCAUAUUUUUUUUUUCAGAUGCGCCAGCUAUCAAUUUUUCGACGCCGAACCUAACAGUAAACGAAUCUUCCAAGACAAAGCUUACCUGCAAGGCCAGCGGUAAUCCGCUUCCACUAAUUCGUUGGACACUUCCAAACGGAUCUCGUGUUCGCAACAAUGGAGUCCUUGAGUUUGAUAACACGUUUAGAAGUCAGCAUGGUAAAUACGCUUGUCAAGCAAGCAAUAAAAUUGGAAACAGUUCCGCGUUGAUCUAUUUGAACGUCCAAUGUAAGUAUUUUAUUAAAAUCAUAAUCAAAAUCAUUAAAGAGCAACUCUCGGGAAAAUUACCCCUGUUUUUUAAUUGGAAACAGUUCUGCGUUGAUCUAUUUGAACGUCCAAUGUAAGUAUUUUAUUAAAAUCAUAAUCAAAAUCAUUAAAGAGCAACUCUCGGGAAAAUUACCCCUGUUUUUUAAGUUCUCUAUGCUGGCUUCCUAAUGGCAUGUAGUAUCUCUCUUUGGUAUCUUCCGAUAUAUCUGCGAAACUUUUUUUUUCAUAAUUUUUCGAAAACUCGAUUUUUGCCGCCAAAACAUUUGGAUUUCAGAUUAGUCACGUGAUUUUACGUCACACGUGUGGAACACGGAUUGCCAAGUGAAGAUUAUAAGAGAAAAACGCACCAAAUUUCUCUUGUAAAUAAAGGAGAAAUAGAGACUCUACUGUCAUAGAAACGUUGAGGAAAAGCAUUUCGAUGAUGGUUCCAUUUUUUAAAUUUACACGGGCAUUAGAUGCUGGUGGCAAGAGCCAUAGGUCAAUAAUUGUAAACAGCUAAGCUCGUAAUCUGCUACGUAUGAUACAAAGAACAUCUUUCCUAUAGCAGAUUUAAAAUCCUGAUACAACCAUUAAUGUCACCUGAUGGGUGUUGAUGCCCUUCAUUCCUCGAAAACGACUUAAUUCAUUCCCGGGAAAUACUCCCAUCUUUGAAGAGAACUCCGUCACAGACCGCCGUACCGGCCUGAUUCUAUACCGCCUUUUGUGUUUUCACUUAAGUGUCUUGUUCUCUUGUCUGAAAUCUGCAGGUUCCAUCCAUUUACCUUUGCUCCUAAACACGCGAAAUAAAACUCACUUCUCGCCGAAAGGUGCGAUUUUAUGAUCAUUAUUAUUUUGAAUGUAGUUAUUCGAGAUGUGCUCUUGAGAUUGUAGCGUCAUUCCAUUGCAAAAUCUGCACACACGCUAAAAUUACAUGUAAUGUGCCUUUUAAGGAUAGAAGGAAAUUAAAACAGUUAAAAAAAAGUUGAUUAAAAUAGGAUUUCUUCACUUAUCUUAAGUGGUACUUUGUACCCGUCCUACCCGCAAACACUAUAAAACUGCCGUGAUACCACGCGUAUCACGCUUCUUUUGCAAUACUUCCCUUUGGGACUUCUCACAAGAAAGGAAAAAAGAAAUUAUUAACCCGUUUUUAAAUCCCCGACGCGGUACUCAUAGAAAAUUCCAAGGAGAAAAAAGCGAUAACGGGAGCGAAAAAGAAGAAAGAACGAGACAAGGUUGACUCCUGCAGUAUGAACCUUUUUAUUGAAGGUUAUGGCUCAAGCACCAAAACCGAAAGUCAUUGCUGCCUAGUAAGAAAAUUCAAGGGCUUUAAAAAACUACAUGUUGAACCUGCAACUGAAUGCUCCUGCACUACUUGCUGCAUCCAUAGAGAGGCCCAACAGAGAUGAGGCAAUGGGUUCUUUCGUUAGCAGAUAAAAUCUUUCCAGCCUAGUCAACUAAAGAAGGACUACGCCCUGCAAUGUUUUGAUUCUUUGAAGCUUAGGCUAAGCUAGGUCACUACUGCAAAUAGUGACUUAGAUGACCAUACACCGUAUGGUCCACUUAAAGUGUGACCGGUUUUCUUUAUUAUUAUUGCCUUAUCAAUUAAAAUAUGCAAGAUGUAAACAAUCCAUCUGUGAAUUGUAAUUUAAAAAUGAGGAUUUCCCAUUUCAACCUAAAGAAAUACAGCAAUGAACAAUAAAAUAUCAUUUUAUUAUUAAGAAAUAAAGUUUCAACUUGUACAUUUUUUCCCAGUCAACAAUCACACCUGUCUUAUAGAUUUUUUAGUUCUAACAAUUAUUAUUGACAUAUCCAUGCUGCAUAUUUGUGUUAGAAGCAUUUUGUUUGCUGGGUAGCAACCAUUUCAAUGGCAACAAAGUUGCUCUAGCCCAGUCUUCCAGUGGUGAGUAGGAAAAUUGCACUGUAUUUUAUAUACAGUAGGGCUAUUUGCAAUAUGUCAUAUAUUUAUUCAUCUGCACAAUGGAAUCCUGUGAACUCCAUCUCAUCCUCCAACCUUUCAGGCUCCGGGAAAUGAGGUCGUAUGCACUUAACUGCACAGGAAUCAAGGACAGUAAUGUAACUCCUAUGUCCCUGCUAAGGGAGCCCCAGUAUCACCUUACCAAUUGCCUAUAGGCAAUGUGCCUGCUUUUUUUUAUCUGAUUCUUCAUAUGCCGAGGCACCAUACUGCUGCUUGUAUUGCCAUGCAGCUUGUAACACCCAGUGAUUAGGCAAACUGCCUGGAAUCCUGGGUGUUCCACAAUGCACGUUGGAGGCUCCUCCAUAUUUUCAACUUCAAAUGCCUCCAACUAUUUACUUUUUACAACAACCACCUCCUGGAAGUAGAUAAUUUCCUCCUGUCAUCACAUUGUCUGGCAGUAGCCAUACAAUAACCUUGUAAACAUCCAAUAGUAGUUAUUUUCUUUACUCAUGAAUACUGAACGUCGGUUAAUGAAGGGUAACAAAACAGGUGUUGAAUAUUGACCUUUUCAUUUUGCACCCAAUUAUUUCAAUUUAAUCAAUUAUUUCAAUUUUGAGCUUAUUCACUCUCUAAGGUUUAUGGCUUCAUCACUGAUUAUCUCCUGCCCAUAACCACAAAAUAGUUUCAAAUAUAUACACAUUUUCAAUACUGGUUGUAUUAGGUAUAGAAGUUCCUACAGUUAUAUCUCAUCAAAUGCAAUAUUAUUGUAGUUAACACCACCAUUGUUAUGCUCCGGACAAAAACUUAAGUGAAUACGACAUGUCCCAGCCUCGAAUAUCAUAUACUGGGGAGCAGAAACGUUUUAUGAAAGCAGUUAGUUCACAUGGGUAUGGAAGUGUAUCUCAUCCCAACUUUAAAUUCACUUCAUAAUAACAUCAGGAUACGCAGCAGCUAGAAUAAUAACUUCUGAACCAAAUUCAUUGACAGAGCAAGACAGUAAAAGUAAGUGAACGACUUGUAGGAAAACAACUGUACUACUUGUACAUGUGAAAACAAUGAUCUAAAAUUAUAAACACUCAGUAUACAAGAAAAAUGCGUGUUUAAUUAGUCCUUUUUAUUUUACAAUUUGAAGCAUUCAUAGCAUUGAUGAAAUAAAGCGAUAUGCGGAGCGCAUUGUACACAAGAAUUGUUCAAAACCAUCUAGGCACUCACCAUUCUUCACUAUCGAGAUCGCUGCGGGAGAGUGGCAGGCGCGAUGUUUUCUGGCGACGCACAAACUUCAUCAGCUUCGGACGAUGUUCCAGGUGGCUCAAACGCCGGGGUUGAAUUCCCGUGAAGGGCUGUCCUAUGCUUGGCAUUCUAAAAGUUCUUCUACAUCCGAAUAAUCGGACAAAGAGGUAGCGCUAUCACUUGAAGAACUACAGUCAGCCAUAUUCAUGAUCAUCUGUUGCUCCACACCUGUGACGUUACGUCACGUGAUAGGCAAAAUCGAAGCGUUAAUGGCAGAAGUUCGAGUAAGCGGCAAAUUUAACACUUUGAAUCUCGAUCUCUGAGUCAAAUAGAUCGCUGAAGAUGUAUUUUUUGGUGGUAUUUCAAUGAGAAAAACAUUUGUAAGGUUUUUCCGAAAAAUGUUGUCCUAUGCGAGAGUUGCCCUUUAAUCAAAUAAAAGGCGUUAUAAACUUUUUUCCAUGCUUAGGUUGUUUAGAGAAUAAGAGCAUCCGUAGAUACGGCCCACGAAUAAGGCUGCUUCAAGAAGGAGAAGAGGAAGAGAAACAAAGAAAUUGUUCGAGACUUGAUUUGCGUUAAAUACAUACAGUACGGAGCGCCAUGUCAGUCUUUCAGAUGGUCCGAGAACGACGGAUAGUAAUUGUUUGGGUACUUCGUUCUUCAUGCAAACGCUUUUACUCCUAAAUGUUUUCCUACUAGUGAGCAAUUUACAUUUAAUAAUGCUGAUUGUAAACAAGUCGCGCACGUCACAAACGCAAUGCCUUCUAAUAAGGCCCCUGGGAUUGACAAUGUGCCAAAUUGAGUCGUUAAGGACAGCCUGUUGAUCGCACUCCCUUUUAUUACGUCAAUCAGCAAUGCUUAUCUCUUAGCUUCAACAUUCCCUGAGGUCUGGAAAACUGCCAAAAUGACACCUAUUCCCAAAUAAGGCAACCACGAACUUCCUAACAAUAACAGACGGAUUUCCCUGUUACCUGCAUUGUCAAAGGUUUGCGAGAGAGAGUGGCUUAUAAUAAGUUUGUCACCUAUUUGACAACCAAGGAAAGGCUUACCACAAAACAAAGGGGCAACAAAAAAUGGUUCUCUACUGACACAUCUUUAAUUCACGCAACUGAUGCAUUUCUCAAAGGAAUUGAUGAUAAGAAAUAGACUGCCUGUGUACUUUUAGGUAUGAGUAAAGCCUUCGACAGCGUUGACCACCAAAUACUGUUAGUCGUAAAAUACGCAGCGUCAGCGCCUCAACCAGCGCGCUAAAAUGGUUUAACAGCUAAAAAUAGAUAUCAAGAUGUACGAAUUCAUAGUUCCGUUUCUGAUCCAGUAGACCUGCACCGUUCUAAACCUCUUUCCCUUUAAUCUGCACUCUGUUCUAAACCUCUCUCCCUUUAAUCACUACUCCCAUUGUUAUCAGGGAUAGGGGCAUUGUUAUGUGACAAUCCCUACUAUUUUCCCAGCUAAUCACAAACAAUCUUUCAAAUAGGUGCGGGAUCGCCCAUCCGAUCCUCUUCCAGUUGAAUGUGGCGUUCCUCAAGGCAGUAUUCUAAACCCCCUAUUAUUUAGCAUGUACGUAAAUGAUCUGCCAGAAGCUCCUAGGCAUUGCUCUACAGAAUGUUAUGUAGACGAUACAAAACUGUUUAUUUCUUUUAAUUUACACGACUCCCAACGGAUUGUCCAAGAAAUGAAUGAAGAUCCGAAAGGUGACUUCUAAGCUCCGAUAAUUUCAUUUGUCUUUAUUAGGAAAGGACUGACAUUUCCCCAGGGCAAUCACCGAGAGAUCUUGGCGUAAUUUGGAUCCAUACUUAGCAUUUGAUAACCAUAUAACGACCACAGUGUCGGAAUGUAUAGCACGCCUAGCGCAAAUUAACCGGGUCAAUCAUUGCUUAGACAAAAAUAGGUUGUUAACCGUAAUACAUGCCUCUGUCUUCAGCAAAAUGUACUACUGUUCGAAUGUUUGGGCAAAUAUCACAAAUAAAAAUGUUAGAAAAUUGCAGGCCGUUCAAAACUAAUGCUCUUAAAUAAUCAUUGUUCCUGAAAAGCCCCUUUGGGAGGUAACAAUAAAGUAUGUAUGUAUGUAUGACAAGUAACGGGGUUUCAUUGGCUAAAAAUUUGACAGGUUGAGUCACUUCGCUGUCCUGCAUAAAUUAGGAAUGACAUUGUUUCGCAAACUUCAAACAAGAAUGAGAUCAUCUGUAAGCUAAUUUUAAAGCUUUAUACGCAUAUUAAAAGCUUUUCUAAAGCGCAGUUUUGAAACUGUACAACUUCGAGCAAGUCGUCUCCGCUUUUGGAAACUAAGUGACGUGUUUAGUUUCUUUUCCUUAAGCUUUUUGCAGAGAAUCCAAACAGAUGCCAGUCUUGCAUCAGAGCUAUCUGGCUAUUUUUCUCAGAGAACAGAAAAUGCGUCUUCUACAUUGCCUGAUUAGUCCGCCUCAAUGGCUCAUUGAUAUGCGUAGAUGUCCGACCAUUUUAGCUCCCGAUGACUGAACUAAGCAAAAACACCGAAGUUUGGCAUUCGUUCGGCAAAUGACCGCGUCUUGCACCAAUUAAAAUUUUAUGUGUCUGCCCUCUUAUUGAUAAUGAAAAUUAGCCAAUCAGCGUUCGAGAUAUAAUUCAGUUAUUGUAAAAAAAUGAUCGCUAGCGCUUUAAGUGUCAGCUCUUAUACCUUGUAAUAUUGUUGUACCUUGGCUUUUUUAACUCAGUUAAUCACACCAAACCGUUACGUUUGGUCUUAACGAUCUGCGAGGCCGAAUGGGAUCAGCUGUCUAAAAAUGGCCCUUCGGCAAAAAUAAAUAUAUAAAUAAAAAUAAAUAAGAAUAAGAAUAAAUGAAUACACUACAGUUGGUAAUCAGGUUAGUGAUUAAGGCCGAGUUUCGGGCGGCUGGUUGAAGGCCAAAAAACUCUUGCUCUAAGGCUGUUGAUAUAUUGAAGGCCAAAAACGUGCAUGAUCAGAUUGCGUUCUAUGCAUUUCAUUCAUUCUUAGUGGAAGUUAAAACUUUUGCUAGCUACCUUCGUGUCGAACAUUCUUAAUAUCAACCUGUCGACGGCAAAAACAUUAACUAGUAAUAACCAAAGGUUACGGGGCGCGGCGUCAAAACACCCUUGCUCCAUCGCUGUGCUUUGCGUGAACCCGCGGGAUCAUAUUACGAGUGACUGAUGGUCCAAACGCGCGUGAUUAGUCUGCGUUCUGUGCAUUCCGUUNGAAUCCAAACAGAUGCCAGUCUUGCAUCAGAGCUAUCUGGCUAUUUUUCUCAGAGAACAGAAAGUGCGUCUUCUACAUUGCCUGAUUAGUCCGCCUCAAUGGCUCAUUGAUAUGCGUAGAUGUCCGACCAUUUUAGCUCCCGAUGACUGAACUAAGCAAAAACACCGAAGUUUGGCAUUCGUUCGGCAAAUGACCGCGUCUUGCACCAAUUAAAAUUUUAUGUGUCUGCCCUCUUAUUGAUAAUGAAAAUUAGCCAAUCAGCGUGCGAGAUAUAAUUCAGUUAUUGUAAAAAAAUGAUCGCUAGCGCUUUAAGUGUCAGCUCUUAUACCUUGUAAUAUUGUUGUACAUUGGCUUUUUCAACUCAGUUAAUCACACCAAACCGUUACGUUUGGUCUUAACGAUCUGCGAGGCGGAAUGGGAUCAGCUGUCUAAAAAUGGCUCUUCGGCAAAAAUAAAUAUAUAAAUAAAAAUAAAUAAGAAUAAGAAUAAAUGAAUACACUACAGUUGGUAAUCAGGUUAGUGAUUAAGGCCGAGUUUCGGGCGGCUGGUUGAAGGCCAAAAAACUCUUGCUCUAAGGCUGUUGAUAUAUUGAAGGCCAAAAACGUGCAUGAUCAGAUUGCGUUCUAUGCAUUUCAUUCAUUCUUAGUGGAAGUUAAAACUUUUGCUAGCUACCUUCGUGUCGAACAUUCUUAAUAUCAACCUGUCGACGGCAAAAACAUUAACUAGUAAUAACCAAAGGUUACGGGGCGCGGCGUCAAAACACCCUUGCUCCAUCGCUGUGCUUUGCGUGAACCCGCGGGAUCAUAUUACGAGUGACUGAUGGUCCAAACGCGCGUGAUUAGUCUGCGUUCUGUGCAUUCCGUUUAUUCUUAGUCGAAGUCCAAACAAAUACGCGUGAUGGCAACGUAAAGACUAGGAUUGCGGGCUCCUCUUGAUACCCGUGAUCAAUAAAAAGUAUAAAUAAGUAAAAUGAAAUAAGGGGUGCCACUGAUCACUAACGACCAAAAAAAAAAAAAAACGACAGGAAUCUUCUUUUACCUUACUUUUCCAGAUAGACCUAUGAUAAACAAGACUGGUCGUGACAAGAAAAUCGAUUCGUGGCUUAAUCACUCGUCGAUAUUGACUUGUCAGGCAACAGGAAAUCCACAACCAGAAAUCAUUUGGUUGAAAGAUGAUCGGUUGCUAUUCAACGGGAGUACAACUGGAAAUAUUAAGCCUCAAAGUGAGUCAGAUUUUGGCAUCUACACUUGUUUAUCGAGAAAUAUCCUUGGAAAUGACUCCUUCAAAGUGCAUGUUAAUAGAACAGGUAAAAAUGGAUUUUAAAAAAAGUGUCUCGUGGAGUGUCCCUAUUUUAAAAGUAGGCAAGGAACCUUAAUUUCCUUUUUCUACACUGUUUCUUUGUUCGUGUAGCCUUUCCUCCAGGUCGUCCAGAAAUAAAAAACAAGCAAGGACAUUUAAACAACCGUUCCUUUGUCCUAUAUUGGAGCCAACCAGAUGAAAGAGGCAGACCUAUCUUUCGUUAUUGGGUUUGGAUUGUGGAAGCAGGCGGCAAUUCCAGUGAAAAAGAUGUGGGCAAUUUUACUAACCACAAUUUUACGCUGAAGUGGGACAAGUCCUAUAAUUUCUCUGUAGUGGCAGAAAACGAUCAAGGAAAGGGGGCAAAGAGUUUAUCAAAAAAUUUCACUACUCCACCAGGUAGGGAGAAGUAUUACAAUAAUAAAGCUGUUUAGUUCUUAAAAUAGGACCCCCAUAAUAGAGGUUAAUUGGUCUGCCGACUGCGCUUUUUUAAGCCUCUAUACCGUUAUGCAUAAAAAUAGGCAAUUUAGCAUUUAGCAUUUAGCACAAGAAACGAUCAGCAGUAUUUUUAACUGGGAUUUUCCACAAUGCACCCCUUUCCCCCAAUCCCUCUGCACAAAAAAAUAUAGCAUGAAGGUAUAAGGUGGGGAAUUUGAUCUAACCGAAAAUUCCUUUCAUAGUAGAGCAGAUAUCUGUUUGAAUUGUUCACUUUCUGUUAAAAGCAUGAAAUUUGGCAUAAUGAUAGUUAAAGAACCCAGACACUGUUUGUAAAGAGUAGGGGACCCAUUUACCUUCCAAGCGGAUUUCCCCGAAACUUUUUGAAAGUGGUAAACUCUUUUUUUAAAAAUUAGCAGACAUUAUCGUGAAAGCAAUUUUAAUCCAAUAUGUACAUGCACAGAGUAUUAUUUAUACUCCUCAAUAGCACAAAAUGGUGGUCGCAGGAGCUAUUAUAUCUCAAAUUACUUUGAAAGCCGCAAAGCAUUCUGCAUUCCAGUUAGUAGUGAAUCAACUCUUUUAACCCUUUAAGCCCCAAUAUUCAUUCCAUAUACAAAUUCUUCAAACUGGUCUCUAUACAUUUCCUUGUAAGGAUANCACAAAAAAAUAUAGCAUGAAGGUAUAAGGUGGGGAAUUUGAUCUAACCGAAAAUUCCUUUCAUAGUAGAGCAGAUAUCUGUUUGAAUUGUUCACUUUCUGUUAAAAGCAUGAAAUUUGGCAUAAUGAUAGUUAAAGAACCCAGACACUGUUUGUAAAGAGUAGGGGACCCAUUUACCUUCCAAGCGGAUUUCCCCGAAACUUUUUGAAAGUGGUAAACUCUUUUUUUAAAAAUUAGCAGACAUUAUCGUGAAAGCAAUUUUAAUCCAAUAUGUACAUGCACAGAGUAUUAUUUAUACUCCUCAAUAGCACAAAAUGGUGGUCGCAGGAGCUAUUAUAUCUCAAAUUACUUUGAAAGCCGCAAAGCAUUCUGCAUUCCAGUUAGUAGUGAAUCAACUCUUUUAACCCUUUAAGCCCCAAUAUUCAUUCCAUAUACAAAUUCUUCAAACUGGUCUCUAUACAUUUCCUUGUAAGGAUAAGUUAAGAGAAGUUGAUAAAAGAUCAAAGCAUUUUCUCUUAAGUGAUCAUUUUAUUAAUUCUCAUAACCUAAUCUCUUGACAAUGUAUGGAUAUUGUUAGGAGAAAAUUGAUGUUGGUUACUAUUGGGACUUAAAGGGUUAAAACAAGUAAAAAGAAAUAUUCUUUUUUUUUUUUGCUAGUUUAAUUUGUUCGUAUGUUUGGCCUUUCCUAUGCUUUAGUGAUGCUUCUUCGUGUUGAGAUUGCAUUUUCAUUCAUAUAUUUACAACUUUUGAGGCUAGAACUCGAGCAUAUAUGGAAUUCGUGUACAAUGGAACCGUUGAUACCUCCACCAAGUAUUUGCAACCACAUUAUUUUGUCCUAUAAAUGUAAAGACGCUCACUAUUCCCUCUCCUAAAAAAAGUCUCAUUAGUCUUGCUACCUGGUCACUAGAAGCGUAUUCCGACCCAACGCACGCUGGUCGCAUUUGUGGGGGUAUUUUAACUGAUAAAGGUUUAUGAUUGCCUUUAGCAUUAGUAAAGUUGGAAUUUCACAUAGCGAGCAAAGAAAACUGGCAUUGUGAUUGAUUGAUGUUUAGGUACCUAAAUAUGAAUAUGUUACCAGCUAACUAAGACUUGUCCUUUUCUAUCUAGAGCCAACACCGUCUUUAUCGACACACACUGCGACGACUGGUAAGGUAUCUGGAUACUAAAAGUCCAAAAAAUACCGAACUGAUACUGAACUACGACGGACUCGCCUACUUGAAAUUAAAAAUAAUUUAUUCUAGAAUUUGACUUUUUUGCCUUAAUGAUCAUCGUGAGCUAGCACUCGCUGAUCAACAGAGUAAUCAAAAAUUAGACGUGUAUUUUCACGCCUCUUGAAUCUCCUGAAUAAGAGUUUGCUCGUAGCUUUGUUUUCCCUUCUUAUUCUAUUUACAGCUUUUAUACAAUUUGUACUUAGCAAGGGACAUAAAUUUUGCUAUGUAUUAUGUAUUAAGUAUUGCUGUAAACAUUGGAAGGGAUAAAAAAAGGAAAGACUCUCGAUCGUUUGUUGAUCAGUUGUACUCUUUCAGAAAUAGACCACACGGAAAUACCAGUAGUAUUGAUCUCUGCCAUCACCGGUGGCGUCGGAUUUCUGCUCAUUAUCGUCAUAGCGGCCUUCUGUUUUAAGACAAGAAGGAGACGCAGGAGAGGUAAGCGUGCUUCCAAUGUAUUUCAGCAGGCUUUUAUCUAAUGUUUAGGACCGGCCGCUCUAAUGUGUGAGGUAACGUUCGUGCUUAUCUCUCUAUGCAAUUGGCAUACUAGCGUGACAGACUUGAGCUCAAGUUCAUCAAGGCAAAAUGGCUGGAAAACCUCUGCGCCUCGUAUUGUAAGAUCGUCGAACUGAAAUUAUAGCGGAAGGGAGGGAUCAAACUAAUACCCGUUCUGACUAGACUGUUCACAGUCCCUUAUUUUUCAGUAAGAUCGUCGGGAUCGAGCACCUACCCUUACCGGUGCGGUCUUCUUGGUUUCAAGUGCACCGAGUCUAGCUCGUCAACCCCCCGACAGAAACCUUGUGGCUGGUAUAAGGCAAGCAUCCUUUUUCAAAAGCCUGCCUCAAUCUGUGUUUAUUAGGCUUACUAAGGUUUUGGCCCUCGGCUGUUUUCAUCAAUAAAAGAAAUCAUGGGACAAGUCUUUUUUUUUUUUUUUGACGGAAGGAAAAUUUGGUACACCAUUGCUUUGUCUCAGUUAUGUGUAUAAGAACUUGUAAAAGGUUAGUUCUAGCUUGUCACUAAUGGGUGACUUUUUUCAAGCCUCAACUGGAAUUAAACGAGAGUCAUAUCAACUUUGUUGACUUUUUCAUUUGUAUUAUUUAUUCCUUCUUCAGCUCAAGCAAUGCAACCGCUAGUUGAUUUGCGCGAGCUUCAGGCCAAGUGAGUAGUGUUUGUCUAUCUUAGCAUUGAAAGGGUGCGUCCGUUUCACGUGUCUCUAAAAUUUUGUUACAUUUUUUUUACGCAGUUUCUCGGCAAAGACGUCUGCGGCCUCUCCAAGCACUAUGCAACACAACACUUACAACGCGGUAGGGACGUUUUGUUGUCAUAGCUUUAACCAAUAUAUAUAGUAACUGAGUGUGCGCAUGGAAAAUUAUUCUCCUUUCAAUUUUUUUGCUUGACACAUUCACGAUACUACCUCUCUCUGGAACUUUUUUUUUCAUUGCAUUGUGGUUGAUGUACCAUUACAGCGUUUAGGCAGUUACUUCUGAUAAUUUCCAGGACAUUGUGUGUUUAUUUAUUUAUUUGAUUUUUUUUUUUCAGAAAUAAAUUAUCUUUUGAAUUACGUAUAAGUUCUGUUACAGUUUAUGAAGUUUGAUUCAGAUUCAGCCAGGUUUCCUUGUACAGUGCCCGUGUUCGCAAUUUUUGAGCAUUUAUUUACUUCAUUCUAGUGCAUAUCAGUUGCAACCUCGUUUCCAGGGUUCCCUGGGUACUAAGACUAAGGCCUAGGCAAUAUGAAGAGCACUCGUGUCGGAUUCAGAUAUUAUACACCCAUCAAUGCUCUGCGUUAGGGGGCGUUGGAACCAUGGACUGAGAUGGGGACAUUGAUCGGAAAACAAAUUUUCAAGUCAAAUGCAUCACCUGGGCUGCUUACCUUGGGAUAGUCAUACAAUAAUCUUAACAACAUGUAUUUUUCAAGAGUACUUUUUUUUUUUUCCGAAAAUGCCUUGCAGUUAACCCUCUCCCCCACCCUAUACAAAGUUUAAGAUACACGGGUUCAUCCUUACAUGUGAAGUGGAGGGGGAGAGGAGGAAAUGGGUAUGAUUAGUUUAAAAGAAGGCGCCACAAUUGCAAAUUUGUUUUGAGACCUUUUUCCAUGAUUGUAGCUAGGGCCUGUUAAUAUUCUUCUGAGUUUCCUUGGUUUCCUGUCCUCCACAAGACGUUGACUGUAUCCAGGUACCUUACUUUUCGGUAUCCUCCAAAUCGAAGAACUAAAACUUCCAUUGACAACAGGUGCCUCCUCCAAGAAUUCCGAAACGAAACGGAACUCGACCAAGAGAGAGUGAGCUUGCGGCACCAAACCCCUCAUCACUCGUCAUAUACACUAAUGCCUCGUCCUCUAUCGAAGAUGAAAAAUCAUCUGGCUGGGAAUUUCAACGGGACAAAGUUCAUAUUCAGAAAUAUGUAGGCAAAGGUGCAUUCUGUGUCGUGGCUAAAGCGUUCGCUGAAGGACUUGGGACCGUGGCAGUGAAAAUUCCAAAAGGUAUAUUAAGUUAACAUCUUUUCUUUUAGUGGUUUGAACCCUGUGUUCAUCUUAGAAGUAAUCGUUCGGGUGAGUGUAGGCCUGAAUAUAAUUGUCAUUGAUAAUGACUGGCGUUACAACCUGUGCGGUAUUCAUCUUCAGAACCAAAUUGAGUUGUACCCUGUCAGUUGAUGGCAUUAAACCGACCCAUCUGAAGAGACACAGCUCACUUUGGCUCUAGAUCUGAUCGUGACCAUGUCAGUCGCUGUCAACAUCAGUCCUAUUCAGGAAUGAAAUCAUAUUCCACAUACUCUAAUUAAUCUUUCCACCCCCUUUUUUUUGUAACUUUUUACAUGGACAAAUUAAGGAAAAUCCAUCGAUUCCGCUGGAAAGUGAUUUGUUGAAAACUAACGAAGAUAUAUCUUCUUAACCCUUCUCACCCUGAAAUCAAAAUUUGAAUUCUCAUUUGUUGCCCCUAUUUAUUUCCUACAGAAGUAGGGAGAGUAUUUGAUAAAAUAUUAAGCAAAUUCAUCUUGAGUGAUCAUGUCCGUGAUUCUCAUGACCACUCUGUUCUACAAGGAGAAAUUUGAUGCUGAUCACUCUUAGAGCUUAAAGGUUUAAAAGUCGCGACAUUUUACAGACGUCUAUAUGGUAAGGGCACAAACUUGACCCCAACCAUACCAACGUCGGUAAAAUUUAGCAACUUUGUGGAGCUAUAUCUUUGCUCUCUUAAGACGUUUCACUUUCAACUUGGCAAGUUUAACUAAUUCUAAUGCGCUCUUUCCAUUAGUGUCGACGGAUUUCCCCUAACUGGUCCAUGUCAAAAGUUUAUAAUCUUUGUUUUCACUUUGAGAAUGAUUUGGAAGCGCUGAAAUCGUAACAGUGUGAUUCAAUCGUACUGCUUUAGCCGAGGAGUGUGCUUCCUUUUUCCUCCAUGUUAGUGAAAAGUUGUAAAACGUCGUAGUGCUUGAAUCGCAGAGGCGAGCCAUACGGAGAACAAAAGAGCAAACUCUGCCACAUGAGAUUAUAAUUAUUAUUACUUACACUUUAAGACGGAAUCCACCAGGAAAUUGAGUAGUUUUACUUUUCAGUGGACAAAAACCUUGAAACAGAAUAAGUUAAACAAUAUCGCAUUCUUUUUUACAUUUUUCAAGAGCUAUAAAUGUAAUUAGUUAUCUGUAAUAAUACCAAAGAAAAUUUCUCAUGGGAGUCUGAGAAAAGAAAUGUCAAAUUGCACGAAAUGACACUAUACACAUUAAUUUUUCAGAAUUCUACCUGUGUUUUCAUAAUUUCUUGUGAAAUUUGACAUUUAUUUUCUCAGGCUUCCAUAAGAAAUAGUCUUUGGUGUUAUUACAGGUAACUAAUUAUAUCUACAGCCCUUGAAAAAUGUAAACAGCAUUGCGAUAUUGUUUAAAUUACUCUGGUGCAAUUAAGGUUUUUGUCCACUGAAAAUUGAAAUUACUUAAUUUCCUGACGAAUUCCGUCUUAAUUUUCUCCUUCGAGGCAGAAAAAGCCCCGGACUCUAACAAGAAAGAUCUCUUGGCUGAGUAUGAACUGAUGAAGCAGCUGCAGCCCCAUCCUAACGUCAUAAGGCUUAUGGGUGCCGUUACACUCUCUGGUAAAAUUUUCUCUUUUUUCCCGAUAUUAUUACUGAUUUAAAAGUGCGUUAUUUUAUGGAAGGCGAGUUGCGGCCCCUUGAUUGACACAUCUCAAUCUCCGAACAUCGUCCAAUGACUUUCAAUCAAAUAUUGUGUCUUUCGUGUAAGCUAUGAAGAAACUGUCAAACCUCUUAAAUGCAGACAGUAAAGAGGCAAGGCCACAUGCCCAUUACAGAGGUGUCCGUGUUGCUUCAGUUGGAUCUUUCCAUGUCUUUGAGACCAAGGGAAAAGAAAGAAAACUGUGUCCGUAUGGAUAGGUUUCUCCUCUUUUGUAUCGGAUAGUCAUUAUAUGACAAGUCGUCAUUCUUUUCAAAAUUUGUGACAUUAUUGAAUCCAAUACCUGCCAAUUUUUUUUGAUCAUGCACGCAGUCCACAUAAAAAAUCAUCAAAUUUCAAGCUAUGCUUGUAUCUAUGCAACAUAUUUAUGCUACUAAGAGUGCAUCCUUACAGCAUCUAAAUCCCGGUGUCCUAACCUUAUAAUCUUCCUACGACCGGUGGUGGCUCUAUAACUUUAAAACCGAUUGAGAUACGUUCACUAAAAUUAGACAUAAUAAUGAACUCAUCAUUACCAACAUCUUGGUUAUGGACCUUGUGCAUUCAGGUACCUUACUUUUCGGUAUCCUCCAAAUCGAAGAACUAAAACUUCCAUUGACAACAGGUGCCUCCUCCAAGAAUUCCGAAACGAAACGGAACUCGACCAAGAGAGAGUGAGCUUGCGGCACCAAACCCCUCAUCACUCGUCAUAUACACUAAUGCCUCGUCCUCUAUCGAAGAUGAAAAAUCAUCUGGCUGGGAAUUUCAACGGGACAAAGUUCAUAUUCAGAAAUAUGUAGGCAAAGGUGCAUUCUGUGUCGUGGCUAAAGCGUUCGCUGAAGGACUUGGGACCGUGGCAGUGAAAAUUCCAAAAGGUAUAUUAAGUUAACAUCUUUUCUUUUAGUGGUUUGAACCCUGUGUUCAUCUUAGAAGUAAUCGUUCGGGUGAGUGUAGGCCUGAAUAUAAUUGUCAUUGAUAAUGACUGGCGUUACAACCUGUGCGGUAUUCAUCUUCAGAACCAAAUUGAGUUGUACCCUGUCAGUUGAUGGCAUUAAACCGACCCAUCUGAAGAGACACAGCUCACUUUGGCUCUAGAUCUGAUCGUGACCAUGUCAGUCGCUGUCAACAUCAGUCCUAUUCAGGAAUGAAAUCAUAUUCCACAUACUCUAAUUAAUCUUUCCACCCCCUUUUUUUUGUAACUUUUUACAUGGACAAAUUAAGGAAAAUCCAUCGAUUCCGCUGGAAAGUGAUUUGUUGAAAACUAACGAAGAUAUAUCUUCUUAACCCUUCUCACCCUGAAAUCAAAAUUUGAAUUCUCAUUUGUUGCCCCUAUUUAUUUCCUACAGAAGUAGGGAGAGUAUUUGAUAAAAUAUUAAGCAAAUUCAUCUUGAGUGAUCAUGUCCGUGAUUCUCAUGACCACUCUGUUCUACAAGGAGAAAUUUGAUGCUGAUCACUCUUAGAGCUUAAAGGUUUAAAAGUCGCGACAUUUUACAGGCGUCUAUAUGGUAAGGGCACAAACUUGACCCCAACCAUACCAACGUGGGUAAAAUUUAGCAACUUUGUGGAGCUAUAUCUUUGCUCUCUUAAGACGUUUCACUUUCAACUUGGCAAGUUUAACUAAUUCUAAUGCGCUCUUUUCAGUAGUGUCCAUGUCAAAAGUUUAUAAUCUUUGUUUUCACUUUGAGAAUGAUUUGGAAGCGCUGAAAUCGUAACAGUGUGAUUCAAUCGUACUGCUUUAGCCGAGGAGUGUGCUUCCUUUUUCCUCCAUGUUAGUGAAAAGUUGUAAAACGUCGUAGUGCUUGAAUCGCAGAGGCGAGCCAUACGGAGAACAAAAGAGCAAACUCUGCCACAUGAGAUUAUAAUUAUUAUUACUUACACUUUAAGACGGAAUCCACCAGGAAAUUGAGUAGUUUUACUUUUCAGUGGACAAAAACCUUGAAACAGAAUAAGUUAAACAAUAUCGCAUUCUUUUUUACAUUUUUCAAGAGCUAUAAAUGUAAUUAGUUAUCUGUAAUAAUACCAAAGAAAAUUUCUCAUGGGAGUCUGAGAAAAGAAAUGUCAAAUUGCACGAAAUGACACUAUACACAUUAAUUUUUCAGAAUUCUACCUGUGUUUUCAUAAUUUCUUGUGAAAUUUGACAUUUAUUUUCUCAGGCUUCCAUAAGAAAUAGUCUUUGGUGUUAUUACAGGUAACUAAUUAUAUCUACAGCCCUUGAAAAAUGUAAACAGCAUUGCGAUAUUGUUUAAAUUACUCUGGUGCAAUUAAGGUUUUUGUCCACUGAAAAUUGAAAUUACUUAAUUUCCUGACGAAUUCCGUCUUAAUUUUCUCCUUCGAGGCAGAAAAAGCCCCGGACUCUAACAAGAAAGAUCUCUUGGCUGAGUAUGAACUGAUGAAGCAGCUGCAGCCCCAUCCUAACGUCAUAAGGCUUAUGGGUGCCGUUACACUCUCUGGUAAAAUUUUCUCUUUUUUCCCGAUAUUAUUACUGAUUUAAAAGUGCGUUAUUUUAUGGAAGGCGAGUUGCGGCCCCUUGAUUGACACAUCUCAAUCUCGGAACAUCGUCCAAUGACUUUCAAUCAAUUAUUGUGUCUUUCGUGUAAGCUAUGAAGAAACUGUCAAACCUCUUAAAUGCAGACAGCAAAGAGGCAAGGCCACAUGCCCAUCACAGAGGUGUCCGUGUUGCUUCAGUUGGAUCUUUCCAUAUCUUUGAGACCAAGGGAAAAGAAAGAAAACUGUGUCCGUAUGGAUAGGUUUCUCCUCUUUUGUAUCGGAUAGUCAUUAUAUGACAAGUCUUCAUUCUUUUCAAGAUUUGUGACAUUAUUGAAUCCAAUACCUGCCAAUUUUUAUGAUCAUGCACGCAGUCCACAUAAAAAAUCAUCAAAUUUCAAGCUAUGCUUGUAUCUAUGCAACAUAUUUAUGCUACUAAGAGUGCAUCCUUACAGCAUCUAAAUCCCGGUAUCCUAACCUUAUAAUCUUCCUACGACCGGUGGUGGCUCUAUAACUUUAAAACCGAUUGAGAUACGUUCACUAAAAUUAGACAUAAUAAUGAACUCAUCAUUACCAACAUCUUGGUUAUGGACCUUGUGCAUCUCGCGUCUUUAAAAGAUGAAAAUCCCCGCUUUCUCUGCUCUUUUUUUAGACCCAAUUAUGGUGUUGUUUGAAUACAUACCUUACGGAGAUCUCCUGGGAUUCCUGAGAAGAAGCCGAGGCCUUGAUGACAAAUACUACAAAGACCCGGAUGUGAAACCGUCAAGUUCACUCACAUCACAGCAGCUUCUUAGGUUUGCGCGGGAAAUAGCUGAUGGCAUGGCAUUUCUUGCAGCCAACAAGGUACCAAAAGACCCAAGCGCUCUGUUGUACUGGUUAUGAGAACCUUAACUAUUUAACCAUUUUUCUUUAAACUCGAGGUGAAGAGUGGUUGUUGUAAUUAAAGCCACUAUUCACCAAGAUUGAAAAGAAUAAUAGUUUUAGUAUAUACACACAAAGUGAUCUCAAAAAAAUCAGAGGAGAAACCAUUAAAAAGUACGAUUUGAUUGACGGAUCAAAUCAGGCAAAAGUUUAUAAAUAGAUCAUUGUAGAUUUUUCAAAAUUAAGUUUAUCACUUCGCAAACAACGUAACAGCGUAAUGGCUUAAAUGGAACCGUUUAAAGUUUGAAUGGUUGCCUUACCCGAGAAGAAAAGUAGAGCUUUGUUGUUCCCUUUUGGCUCGCCAAGUUUAUAGCCAAUAAGAUUUGUUCAGCGUUUGCUGUGUCGUUCUUCGCGUGAAGUGCUGACAAAAAUAGCGGCUCGCUUGCACGAGGUAAGACGUUGUCUUCAUGUCGCGUUCUUUUUCCUAUUUACUUGAAACGUAGAAUUUUCUGGGAACAUUUGCUUUCAAAUUUGUUUGUCAUAGACUUAAUUCGACUUUUGGGCCAAAUUUUUCUUAUUAGGAAACGAUGAGUCCACGAAACGGCCUCUUCUACGCGAAUAAACGGGAGUUGUAAACAACCCAUCGAGAACAAAACUCGCCUACAGUAAAUAGACAAACGCCGUUUUGAAUCCUUCGAAGUCUUCUCUUGCCUUAAAAAAGUCAACCCUUUUAAAGAUCUUUCUCUUAAAAAAUGGGAAAAACCCCGAGCUGACACAUUAGCUACUCGCUAGGAGGUGAAUAUUGUGGAAUAGUCCGAAAUAGCGAACCAAUCAGAUUGCUUAAUUCACCAAGAUCACUGAGUGUGUGUAUAUAAAUUCGGCAUAAACACCAUGUGCAUGUAAUUUAGUUACGAAAUGUGGACGUUUGACCCAAACUCACUGCGUGGUUAAAAGGUCGUGAUUGUCAAAUGCAGUUAUUUUUAUUGCAUUAUUCGCUUCAACGUUGGCGCAGGGGCAUGUCUAGCUCGAUAUGAGGCUGACGAGUUGCUCUGUCGAACCAGGCCGGUGCAUGCAUGCAAAAACAAGUAUUUGUGAUGAGCGGAUGUUAUGUAGGCUGUACUGUAGGUUAGCAACGAUGUGGCAGAUUAGUAAUUCCUCUCAUCAGCUUCGGUGCUUCAUAGGUAGGCUCCGUCUGUUCCGUCCUCUAAACUUUCAGCAACUUACUGUACCUUCCUGUGGUGGUUAUUUACUUUUUUCAAGGGCACCUUGUUACUGUUUUCUGUUAAAUAUCUGUUCGGAGAGGCAAAAUUGCCUAGAAUUUUCUAUAGCUUGAGGAAGACUAAAAAUUUCCGGAUGACCGUUUUUCGAAGCUUAUCUUACAAAUUCCCGACAAUUUUCCAAAGUCAAAUUUUUCGCAUUUCACUCCCCAGGUUAAGCUGUUUUCCGAAGUAAAAGAAAACCUAAAAUUUUCUGAUUCGAAAACGCGAUAGAGAGAGGAAUCAGAGAAAUUCUUACUGUCGUAAAGCUUUAAAUUGCAUCUAAAAUUUUCGGGAAAUAAAACUGAAGCACGUGUAAUUUCGAAAACACUCAAGUUGCCCUAUGAUGACCGAACAGAUUUCACUCAACUAAACAGGGACUGCCAUUGGUUAAUUCUUGGUCACGUGGCUUGACUAAAAUCAAAUGUAUCCCGAUCGUGAUACAUUAAGUAAUGUACCCCGCUCGGGCUACAUUACAGCACGUGAGCAAAGCAUGGUGGAAUAUCGCGUGACAGAAGGCGGGAAAACACUGCCAGGUCCUGCCAGUUUUCUUUUUGGCAAAUGAACACAACAACACAAACACAAAGCCUCAAGCUAAAAAGCAACGAUUUUUAAAGUUAUCCCAGAAAUUCCCAGAAGAAAAAAAGUAGCUAGUGGAGGAAAAUGAUGCAGGUAAUAAAACGAAAGUACUUUGUUAAUCCUUCAUACAGUGGUUUUGACAAUUAAAUUUGUGUUGUUAUAAAUACCGAGUCGACUGUUUUGGUUCGCUCCGGUUAUUCUUUUGUUGCUGUUGAAGUGAAAGUCUAGAAAUAUAACAAAACGCUUUAAAAUGUCAGGUCCCUCGGGAAACCAGUUAGUUUUGUUUUCCCUCGAGUCCUCUGAGUUUCCCGAGACGAAGUCGAGGGAAACAUCAGGACUCUCGCGAAAACAAAACUAACUGUUUCCAUCGGGAACUGACAUUAAGUGUAUAAUGUACUUUUUCUCUGCAGAUUAUUCACCGAGAUUUAGCAGCAAGAAAUGUACUUGUAGGUGAAGAAGAAAUUUGUAAAAUAACAGAUUUUGGAAUGGCGAGAGAUGUGCAACAAACUGAUAUUUAUCAGAAACGGACCAAGGUAGGUUGAGAAUGCUGACUUAAAAUUAAAUGGACAGUAUUGUUCAAAGUUCUCAUAGUAAACUUAAACAACCUUCGAUAAACAGUAAGUAUUAAAUGAAAACAACAACAACUGAUGUAAAUACUAAACAGGGCCUUAGUAACUUACAAACACAUUUAUUAAGUUCAAAUCGCUAUUAUUUCAAGCAAACACAGCGGCAUAAUGUCCCUUGACCUCCACCCCAGUUCAAUCAGAAAUUUUGCGAUUCUUAUAUUUUGCUUAUUCCUCGGGGAGCGAGUUAAUACUGUGAAUUUUGUCGAAACUCGCUUUGCGCGUGGAACGUGCGUGGAACGCACAGCGGGGUAGAAACACGAGUUGGCUAUAUGUUGUGGUUCAAUUUUAUCCUUGGUUUAAAUUUAAUUGUCCUUUGUUUCAAACUCAUAAUCAUGCAUAAUUAUACCCCCAAAUAAAGGAAAUUAAAUUUAAACUAAGGAUAAAAUUGAACCACAACAUACAUAUUUAUGUAUCUUGACUUCCGAUUGGUAGUCCCUUCCCCUUUGUUUGUUUGUUUGUUUGUUUUAACCAUAUUUUUUUACAUAUUGGCUGGUUUCAGUUUAUUCAUACUUCUGCCCUCUUACAGCGUCGCGAGGUGUUGCGAUAAACGUACUUCUUGUUAACAAACCGAUAUUUCAUUCCAUUGAACGAUUACAAUGGUAUUGUAUUUUAAUUAAUUGUCGGUAACUUAAUGUACUAAAAAUUGAAUAUCGUAGAGCCGCUUGCCAGUGAAGUGGACCGCAAUGGAGUCGCUACUCUACGGAUUAUGUACUUCAGCGAGUGAUGUGUAAGUUUUUCUCUUCACAGUUUAAUACUCCAAAUGCUCGCCAAAUUAAUUUAAACUUUCCAUUUUUUUUUUUUUUUUAAAUUAAGAACUCAUUUCUAAAGUUUUCAUAAAGUGAUAACAAUUAGAGGCAUAAAAACUUCAACAAAGCAUCUCCAAAAUGCUCUCACAGAUGUUGUUCAAACAUCACGAACAUUGAGGCAGUUAUUGUAUGAUCAAGCUCUCGUAAGUACUCGUAAGUGAUUGUGUAAAAAGAAAAUUCCAAAUACGGCUGAAAGUAAAAUAGAUAAUGACGUCAUUUCGUUGCUACGACGACUCCGAUGUUAACACAACAUUGCUCAUAAUAAAUUUUCAUACUGCUGUAAUCGUUUUUCCAUGUCCUUGUGAAUGCCGACAGAGUUCAUGGUCUAAGUUGGAAGGUAUUGGCCCUGAAAAUCAAAUCGAACCACCUGAAGGGCCUGUUUACUGAAAACACAGCAAAGCCUACCAGUCAGAAUUCCUUUUGUGCUCUUAAAUUAAUUUGCUGGCGCACAGGGCUCAGUGUUAAGGGCUUCAAGUGUUUGUUAAUUGCCUUGUCUGUUUCAUGUAUUUUCUUUUAGCUGGAGUUAUGGCAUUGUGCUGUACGAAAUUUUUACGAUAGGUAAGAUCGCAUGUCACGUUCUUUUAACCGUUGUAGUUUUAAGAUUAUAUUUGUCGUUCACAUGUUCAGUUCUACACUUUUAGACACUUUAGCCCCUAUGGAUAGGGUCAAAUGGUCAACAAUGCAAAUCUGUAUUUAUGAACCGAGUUAGCUUUCAGUUCAAAUGAUUAAGUUGGUGAGCAACGAAUUAGGAUGCAUAGAUCCGUUCUAGGGAUAACGCUGUUUCGAAAUUCUGACCAAUCUUGCCAAAGUUCUAUUUAAAAAACCUACUAAUCAUUUUGGGAAAAAUCCACCUGCUACUCUUUCCACGCAAAUUUUUCUUUUCCCUGGAUAGUUAUCGGGCAAGCGAAAGAAAGACUCUUUUGGUAUAGGCGUUUAUAAUCGAAAUCAAUUACCUGAAUUGAGAUGAUGGCAUUUGAAAUACUCAAUCGACACUUUCAAAACCUUUGUAGAGCCCAUUUAUAAAGUAUGCAUGCUUUUUAGGUGGUAAGCCAUAUCCCAAUCUCCAGGCACAUCGUCUUCCGUAUCUGCUAAAAGAGAACUACAGAAUGCCGAAGCCUGCCCACUUGGAUGAUGAUAUGUAAGUACAACCUUCAUUUGUUUAUUGCCAGCCGACGGGCUUAAUGUUGUUGUUUCUAUUGCCAUAAUUAGUAUUUGGAUUGGAUUGUUAUUGUUUUGUACUUGUUGCUUAUUUUUGUUAUCUGCCUGUCAUUGCUUCAAUUGUUAAUUAUUUUUAUUUAUUUCAAGGUACUCCAUUUUUUGCGAUUGAAUUAAUUUUCAAUUUCAUGUUCUCAUUUAGCCUGCGAAAACAUCCCUUUCUCCUCGCUCUUCGCCGCUGGGGACGUUUCGCGCGGAGGAACGUCUGUGACUCAGCGGCAGAAAAUCCAUACUGAUGACGCAAAUCAAUGUUUACAAAAUAGUCCGGUAGUCAUACAAAUUUGUUCAGUUUUUACGUGUCUUCUUGUCGAUUUUGGUAAAGUGUUGUGUUCAUCUCCCAACGAGCUUCAGCAAAACUCAAACGCUUCUUGUAGAGAAGAGUAUAUUCCACAAAUAUUGACUGUUUUGCUCGAGAUUCUUCGCGUUUACGUUUGACCUUUGUGGCCUUUUGUCUUUUGUCUGUCAUUCGUAAACAAUAGCUAAAACAACGUAACUACUCCGUCGACCAAUCAGCGCUUCUGACCGGAUUCCGGACAGAUUUUACGUCAUCAGUAUGGACUUUCUGUCGCUGAGUCGCAAACGUUCCUCCUCGCGAAACGGCCCCAGUGGAGAAGAGCGAGGAGAAACGGAUGUUUUCGCAGGCUAGUUCUCAUUUCACUUUCAGUGUAAACGUUCAAUCUUUUUACUACAAACUGCCAUUAAGGGCGUUUGCCGGCACCCUUUCUCGAGAGUCUUUAACGAUAUUAAUUGUUUUUUGUUAAUGGAAACUGCAAUCCAUCUUCAUUGCAGUGUGCCAACUUAUUUAUUUAUUUUUAUUUUUUCACUCUAGCUAUGCUCUUAUGUGCCAGUGCUGGGUAAGCGAGCCUGAGCGCCGACCAUCCUUUGAUUCAAUAGGCAAGACGAUCAAAAGAUUACAACAAUGUCAUAAGGUAGUUACAGCUUGUUACUUAUAUGUGUGUGCUUUCAUUAAUUAAUUAAUUAUUUUUUAAUUUACUUAUUUGACAUCCCUGUUAGAAAAGUCGUUAGGUAAUCAAUAUCAAAAACAAUUGAAGAAUUUGGAAACUCGCCAGUCUCGUACCGGAACCUAUUUAGGUAUGAAUAUAAAAAUUGGAACUGAAAGGAUUUUUUCCUCUUUGUCUUAUUUUUAGGAGGUUAUUUACAUGAACGUCUACGAUGAAAACUUGUAUGGAAAUGUGGAAGAAUGGGACUAGCAGCUAGAGUUCACUAGGGAUGCUUACCAGCCAUUAAGCUAAAUCCCACCUAAAACGUCGAGCGAACGGUUAAUAUUUAGUAAUAAUUAGUCACUGGUCCAUGUCUCACGCUAUACAUAUUUGCUGUUGUUUUAGAUCCACAAGCCAGUCAACGGGUAAAUCGCAUACCAUUAUACGACUGAGUAACCCAAACUUUUAUGUCAGUCAAAUUGUACUGAGCACCCUUGGGCCCUUAUUAAAGACCUCUCUCAACUUAUGCUCAGUAAAAGGCAGAACUUUCUCUCAUAUUCCUUUCGGCUGAGUUGACUUAUGUUUGGUGUCAAGAAACGUUCUCUGUCUCAAGUAAUGAUUCAGAAACCAGCAAUGAGAAAAGCCUGAAUGGUAGCAGCCGUUUGCCCCUGAGUACCUCACUUACUUGGUUGAGUUGAGACAGGUCUUAAUGUUGCUUACGAAGGCUUAGUACCUCUAAACAAAAACAAAACAGUGGACCCCGACCUUAACGCCUAGUCGGUAUUGUACUGACACCCUUAGCUUCUUAAAGAGAGAGAGGGAAGUGGGGUCUUGACAAUUUAAACUGUAAAUUAGUACGAAUGUAGUUAGCUUUCCAAAUCGCGGACCGAAAUAAAGUCCAUGAGUUGCGUAUAGAAAUUGGGUGAUUUAGAUAGAAACAAAGUAAUAUAAAAAUAAAUUUUCCAAAUUGAAUUUUAAAUUAUUUUUGUCAUUUAAAUUGAAGAGUAAAUAUUUUCGCCCAAAGGGGAGGUACCUUAUAAGUCUAUGAUUUGUAAAUUAC